AUGAGGAGUAGAGGAGGAGAGGUAGAGGAGGAGGAGAGGUAGAGGAGGAGGAGAGGGAGAGGAGAGGAGAGGAGAGGAGAGGAGAGGAGAGGAGAGGGAGAGGAGGAGGAGGAGAGGAGGUAGAGGGAGAGGAGGAGGAGAGGAGGUAGAGGGAGAGGAGGUGGAGAGGGAGAGGAGAGGAGAGGAGAGGGAGAGGAGGAGGAGAGGAGGUAGAGGGAGAGGAGGUGGAGAGGGAGAGGAGGAGGAGGGAAAGAAGAAGGUUCAAAGAGGGUAAAGGGGGUGUUCCUUCACCCUCCCCCUCCCCGUCCUGUGUUAGAAGUGGACUGCUAGCUGGGAUGUGUUAUGUGUGACUCAUGGGUCUGGACAUAGUUAGCAGCUAGAAGUCAACAUUGCUCAGCUCUGUAGAAACCAGCAGUAGACUCAGAGAGUAGAGCAGAGAGAGAGGGAUAAAGAGAGAACAGUGGACUGCUAGACUCUACAACAGUUUGGGUAUGUAAGCUUUGUCAACGUUCAAGGUUGUUUUGUGAUUGUUUGUCGGGAAGUUUCACUCGGAAGGAUAUGAGCUAGGAAGUUUCUGCCGUUAUCGUUCCCUAAAUACUCUGGGUUUCCUCUGAGGGAAGGAAAGAGAGAUGGAGAGAGAGAGAGAGCGGAGGCAGAGAGAACAGCAGUAAUGUUUCUAUGGAGGCUUCUAAUGAUUAUAGGGGGUGUUGUGUUGGUGUGGUCAUGCCUCUGCAUGGUUGAGAACAGCUCAAAAUGAAACAUACACAGAAUACACUUUUACUGGCUGGUUUAAUCAAUGUUAGUAGAUUUUUAACACACGUUUAGCUCUAGCUUGGAGAGUGUAUAGGCUGAUCAGUCUUGGGUCCGCGUAUGAAGGAAUGCAACAAAGGGAAAGGAAACUGCUCAGAUCAUUUUAAGCCCAGAUGUGUGUUGUGUACAUGGAGAGAAGCCUUCAGCGCCUUGCUGGGUGGGUGUUCUCUAAUGGUAAGAUACAGAAGGUGAAUGAACCCCCAACGUAAUCACGGACUUUUUUUUCUUUCCUCUCUUCCAGCCAAGGACCUCUGUCCUCCAUCAGGGCCGCCAUUAAGAGGAGUGAGUCUGCAGCCCUCUCUUUUUACCACUCCUUUGUUACUCUACAGAACAAGUGAUGACUGGGCAGUUCUGUAUUGUUUGUGUCUGUGCUACAAAAUGUAUCGUGAAAGUCAUCUCCCCUGGUGUCAGUAGCAGUCUGUGGUUGUUAUAUUGUAUAUGGGAACUGUUGUCAGUACUAUAGUGAGGUCAUCUCCCCUGGUGUCAGUAGUUGUCUGUUGUUGUUAUAUUGUAUAUGGGAACUGUUGUCAGUACUAUAGUGAAGUCAUCUCCCCUGGUGUCAGUAGUUGUCUGUUGUUUCUUUCAGCGUCGUCUAGACCCACUUCCCUGAGCGAGAGUACUCCCAGAGACCGGAGGUCAGUACAUCUCCGUUUUACAGAGUAAAGAAAACAAACACAUCCUACAGACACAUCCUACAGACACAUCCUACAGACACAUCCUACACUAUCUAUAUUGGUCUAUUUCUAAGGUAACUGCCAAAGUAAAGAAAUGAGGGAUACGAAGUAUAUUGACACACUGCUGUGUUUUUUUCCUGAGUUAAUUAAGCAGUUAACAUCCCAUCAUGCUUAGGGUCAUGUAUAAAAAUGCCCAGUUGCCCGUUAUUUUGGCUGUAAUGGCUAGAAGAAGAAAUCUCAGUAACUUUGAAAAGAGGGGUCUCAAAGUAGCAUAGGGGGUUUAAAGGGUGUGUGUGUGUGUGUGUGUGUGUGUGUGUGUGUGUGUGUGUGUGUCUCAGUCACCAGAUCUCAACCCAAUUGAACACUUCUGGAAGAUUCUGGAGCGGCUCCUGAAACAGCGUUUUCCACCACUAUAAAAAAACAACAACAUAUAUAUAUAUAUAUAUAUACAGUGGGGGGAAAAAGUAUUUAGUCAGCCACCAAUUGUGCAAGUUCUCCCACUUAAAAAGAUGAGAGAGGCCUGUAAUUUUCAUCAUAGGUACACGUCAACUAUGACAGACAAAAUGAGAAAAAAGAAUCCAGAAAUCACAUUGUAGGAUUUUUAAUGAAUUUAUUUGCAAAUUAUGGUGGAAAAUAAGUAUUUGGUCAAUAACAAAAGUUUCUCAAUACUUUGUUAUAUACCCUUUGUUGGCAAUGACACAGGUCAAAUGUUUUCUGUAAGUCUUCACAAGGUUUUCACACACUGUUGCUGGUAUUUUGGCCCAUUCCUCCAUGCAGAUCUCCUCUAGAGCAGAGAUGUUUUGGGGCUGUCGCUGGGCAACACGGACUUUCAACUCCCUCCAAAGAUUUUCUAUGGGGUUGAGAUCUGGAGACUGGCUAGGCCACUCCAGGACCUUGAAAUGCUUCUUAUGAAGCCACUCCUUCGUUGCCCGGGCGGUGUGUUUGGGAUCAUUGUCAUGCUGAAAGACCCAGCCACGUUUCAUCUUCAAUGCCCUUGCUGAUGGAAGGAGGUUUUCACUCAAAAUGUCACGAUACAUGGCCCCAUUCAUUCUUUCCUUUACACGAAUCAGUCGUCCUGGUCCCUUUGCAGAAAAACAGCCCCAAAGCAUGAUGUUUCCACCCCCAUGCUUCACAGUAGGUAUGGUGUUCUUUGGAUGCAACUCAGCAUUCUUUGUCCUCCAAACACGACGAGUUGAGUUUUUACCAAAAAGUUCUAUUUUGGUUUCAUCUGACCAUAUGACAUUCUCCCAAUCCUCUUCUGGAUCAUCCAAAUGCACUCUAGCAAACUUCAGACGGGCCUGGACAUGUACUGGCUUAAGCAGGGGGACACGUCUGGCACUGCAGGAUUUGAGUCCCUGGCGGCGUAGUGUGUUACUGAUGGUAGGCUUUGUUACUUUGGUCCCAGCUCUCUGCAGGUCAUUCACUAGGUCCCCCCGUGUGGUUCUGGGAUUUUUGCUCACCGUUCUUGUGAUCAUUUUGACCCCACGGGGUGAGAUCUUGCGUGGAGCCCCAGAUCGAGGGAGAUUAUCAGUGGUCUUGUAUGUCUUCCAUUUCCUAAUAAUUGCUCCCACAGUUGAUUUCUUCAAACCAAGCUGCUUACCUAUUGCAGAUUCAGUCUUCCCAGCCUGGUGCAGGUCUACAAUUUUGUUUCUGGUGUCCUUUGACAGCUCUUUGGUCUUGGCCAUAGUGGAGUUUGGAGUGUGACUGUUUGAGGUUGUGGACAGGUGUCUUUUAUACUGAUAACAAGUUCAAACAGGUGCCAUUAAUACAGGUAACGAGUGGAGGACAGAGGAGCCUCUUAAAGAAGAAGUUACAGGUCUGUGAGAGCCAGAAAUCUUGCUUGUUUGUAGGUGACCAAAUACUUAUUUUCCACCAUAAUUUGCAAAUAAAUUCAUUAAAAAUCCUACAAUGUGAUUUUCUGGAGAAAAAAAUUCUCAAUUUGUCUGUCAUAGUUGACGUGUACCUAUGAUGAAAAUUACAGGCCUCUCUCAUCUUUUUAAGUGGGAGAACUUGCACAAUUGGUGGCUGACUAAAUACUUUUUUCCCCCACUGUGUGUGUGUGUGUGUGUGUGUGUGUAUAUGUAUAUAUAUAUAUAUAUAUAUAUAUAUACACACACUGCUCAAAAAAAUAAAGGGAACACUUAAACAACACAAUGUAACUCCAAGUCAAUCACAUUUCUGUGAAAUCAAACUGUCCACUUAGGAAGCAACACUGAUUGACAAUACAUUUCACAUGCUGUUGUGCAAAUGGAAUAGACAACAGGUGGAAAUAAUAGGCAAUUAGCAAGACACCCCCAAUAAAGGACUGGUUUUGCAGGUGGUGACCACAGACCACUUCUCAGUUCCUAUGCUUCCUGGCUGAUGUUUUGGUCACUUUUGAAUGCUGACGGUGCUUUCACUCUAGUGGUAGCAUGAGAGACGGAGUCUACAACCCACACAAGUGGCUCAGGUAGUGCAGCUCAUCCAGGAUGGCACAUCAAUGCGAGCUGUGGCAAGAAGGUUUGCUGUGUCUGUCAGCGUAGUGUCCAGAGCAUGGAGGCGCUACCAGGAGACAGGCCAGUACAUCAGGAGACGUGGAGGAGGCCGUAGGAGGGCAACAACCCAGCAGCAGGACUGCUACCUCCGCCUUUGUGCAAGGAGGAGCAGGAGGAGCACUGCCAGAGCCCUGCAAAAUGACCUCCAACAGGCCACAAAUGUGCAUGUGUCUGCUCAAACGGUCAGAAACAGACUCCAUGAGGGUGGUAUGAGGGCCCGACGUCCACAGGUGGGGGGUUAUGCUUACAGCCCAACACCGUGCAGGACGUUUGGCAUUUGCCAGAGAACACCAAGAUUGGCAAAUUCGCCACUGGCGCCCUGUGCUCUUCACAGAUGAAAGCAGGUUCACACUGAGCACGUGACAGACGUGACAGAGUCUGGAGAUGCCGUGGAGAACGUUCUGCUGCCUGCAACAUCCUCCAGCAUGACCGGUUUGGCGGUGGGUCAGUCAUGGUGUGGGAUGGCAUUUCUUUGGGGGGCUGCACAGCCCUCCAUGUGCUCGCCAAAGGUAGCCUGACUGCCAUUAGGUACCGAGAUGAGAUCCUCAGACCCCUUGUGAGACCAUAUGCUGGUGCGGUUGGCCCUGUGUUCCUCCUAAUGCAAGAAAAUGCUAGACCUCAUGUGGCUGGAGUGUGUCAGCAGUUCCUGCAAGAGGAAGGCAUUGAUGCUAUGGACUGGCCCGCCCGUUCCCCAGACCUGAAUCCAAUUGAGCACAUCUGGGACAUCAUGUCUCGCUCCAUCCACCAACGCCACUUUGCACCACAGACUGUCCAGGCGUUGUAGGGAGGUCAUACAGGCACGUGGAGGCCACACACACUACUGAGCCUCAUUUUGACUUGUUUUAAGGACAUUACAUCAAAGUUGGAUCAGCCUGUAGUGUGGUUUUCUACUUUAAUUUUGAGGGUCACUCCAAAUCCAGACCUCCAUGGGUUGAUAAAUUUGAUUUCCAUUGAUAAUUUUUGUGCAGUGUAUAUACAGUGGGGAGAACAAGUAUUUGAUACACUGCCGAUUCUGCAGGUUUUCCUACUUACAAAGCAUGUAGAGGUCUGUAAUUUUUUAUCAUAGGUACACUUCAACUGUGAGAGACGGUAUCUAAAACAAAAAUCCAGAAAAUCACAUUGUAUGAUUUUUAAGUAAUUAAUUUGCAUUUUAUUGCAUGACAUAAGUAUUUGAUAGGGCGGCAGGUAGCUUAGUGGGUAAGAGCGUUGUGCCAGUAACUGAAAGGUCGCUGGUUCUAAUCCCUGAGCCGACUAGGUGAAAAAUCUGUCGAUGUGCCCUUAAGCAAGGCACUUAACCCUAAUUGCUGAUGUAAGUCGCUCUGGAUAAGAGCGUCUGCUAAAUGACUAAAAUGUAAAAUGUAAAUGUUGAUCACCUACCAACCAGUAAGAAUUCCGGCUCUCACAGACCUGUUAGUUUUUCUUUAAGAAGCCCUCCUGUUCUCCACUCAUUACCUUUAUUAACUGCACCUGUUUGAACUCGUUACUUGUAUAAAAGACACCUGUCCACACACUCAAUCAAACAGACUCCAACCUCUCCACAAUGGCCAAGACCAGAGAGCUGUGUAAGGACAUCAGUCUCAAAGAAAACCAUUAGUAACACACUACGCCGUCAUGGAUUAAAAUCCUGCAGUGCACGCAAGGUCCCCCUGCUCAAGCCAGCGCAUGUCCAGGCCCGUCUGAAGUUUGCCAAUGACCAUCUGGAUGAUCCAGAGGAGGAAUGGGAGAAGGUCAUGUGGUCUGAUGAGACAAAAAUAGAGCUUUUUGGUCUAAACUCCACUCACCGUGUUUGGAGGAAGAAGAAGGAUGAGUACAACCCCAAGAACACCAUCCCAACCGUGAAGCAUGGAGGUGGAAACAUCAUUCUUUGGGGAUGCUUUUCUGCAAAGGGGACAGGACGACUGCACCGUAUUGAGGGGAGGAUGGAUGGGGCCAUGUAUCGUGAGAUCUUGGCCAACAACCUCCUUCCCUCAGUAAGAGCAUUGAAGAUGGGUCGUGGCUGGGUCUUCCAGCAUGACAACGACCCGAAACACACAGCCAGGGCAACUAAGGAGUGGCUCCGUAAGAAGCAUCUCAAGGUCCUGGAGUGGCCUAGCCAGUCUCCAGACCUGAACCCAAUAGAACAUCUUUGGAGGGAGCUGAAAGUCCGUAUUGCCCAGCGACAGCCCCGAAACCUGAAGGAUCUGGAGAAGGUCUGUAUGGAGGAGUGGGCCAAAAUCCCUGCUGCAGUGUGUGCAAACCUGGUCAAGACCUACAGGAAACGUAUGAUCUCUGUAAUUGCAAACAAAGGUGUCUGUACCAAAUAUUAAGUUCUGCUUUUCUGAUGUAUCAAAUACUUAUGUCAUGCAAUAAAAUGCAAAUUAAUUACUUAAAAAUCAUACUAUGUGAUUUUCUGGAUUUUUGUUUUAGAUUCCGUCUCUCACAGUUGAAGUGUACCUAUGAUACAAAUUACAGACCUCUACAUGCUUUGUAAGUAGGAAAACCUGCAAAAUCGGCAGUGUAUCAAAUACUUGUUCUCCCCACUGUGUGUGUGUGUGUGUAUAUAUAUAUAUAUAUAUAUAUAUAUAUAUAUAUAUAUAUAUAUAUAUAUAUAUAUAUAUAUAUAUAUAUAUAUAUAUAUAUAUAUAUAUAAAUAAUAUGGAAUUUCUUAUGGAAGAACGGUGUCGCAUCCCUCCAAUAGAGUUCCAGACACUUGUAGAAUCUCUGCCAAGGCACAUUGAAGCUGUUCUGGCGGAUCGUGGUGGCCCAACGCCCUAUUAAAGGGUAGGUAGCAUAAAUGUAACCACAUGUAACGUAUGGAUUUGCAUUAGUAUACGCAUCAAAUGUCCCAAUGCAAAGUUACACCUCACAUUUUCUAUUUUUGGUCAGAAUGCCGAAGUCAUGUGUGAUUUUUUUUUUUUUUUUCGGGCUGUGAUGUAAUAUGGAGGACCCGGCCAGCCAGCCUAUUCACUAUAAUGUCAACUCCAACAGAAAUAACUUCAAAUGUAUAACUUCAAAUUAAACCAAAUAGUUUGCACUCAUGACUGCUGGUUUCAAUUACAUUUCCUGCCAACCUACAGUACACACAAAUACUUUAUGAAUGUAUUGUUACAAAUCAACUUGCAAGGUUGAAACUUGCUAUUAGCCACCGUUAGCGGUUUUUUCACCAUUGUCUGUGGCCUGCACUACCUACCAGCCAGCUCUAGCCUGGACUAUUAUCGGCCAGUCUGCACAGCGCGUUAUCGACCCAGAACAUAUCGGAUUUUCUGCCGGAAUCACUAAAUCACUGGACCUUUAACACCUGAUCAUCGCAACUAGCUAGCUGCAACCAAAUGGAUGUUGUUGUUGGCUAAUUAGCCUUGAGCUAGCCUCGAGUCAGGCACAUCUCCCGGCUAUCUACCUCUCUGUCAACCGGACGGGACCUCCUAGAGUCGACACGGAGCCCCGCCGAUCCAUCACGACUGGUCUGCCGACGUAAUCGUCUGUGGUUUCAACAGGCUUCCCGUUGCGACGACCACGAAGAUCCAUCUGCUAGCCCCGGCCCGCUAGCACACGCAAACAACAGCCGUGCUUCCUGCUCGCUGUGCUGUAGCACCAAUUCGAACUGCUCUCGGACUCACAUAUUGCUGUUCACUGGACCUUAUGAUCACUCAGCUGCACAGCUGAUGCCUGCUGGACUGUUCCUUUACGCGGUACCCUGUCCUGUUCAGCCCAAACUUUCAUUGCCAUUACCAGUUGUUGUCUUAGCUCUCUCUAAUAACACCUGUGAUUGCUUUAUGCCUCUCUCCCAUGUCAAUAUGCCUUGCCUAUUGCUGUUCCAGUUAGUUCUUAUUAUACAAUUUCACUGUAGAACCAAGUCAUUCUCAAACUGCCUCAAAAAGCUCCUUUGUUCCACCCCCCCAUACACGCCGAGACGGGCUCAAUCGGUGCCUCCAGUGAUGCUAUCUCUUUCAUUGUUACCCAACGCUUAGGUUUACCUCCACUGUACUCAGAUCCUUCCAUAUCCUUGUCUGUACAUAAUGCCCUGAAUCUAUUCUACAACGCCCGGAAACCUGCCCCCUUUAUUCUCUUUACCCAACGCACUAGAAGACCAGUUCUUAAAGCCUUUAGCCGUAUCCUUAUUCUAGUCCUCCACUGUUCCUCUGGUGAUGUAGAGGUUAACCCAGGCCCUGCAGCCCCCAGUAUCACUCCUACUCCCCAGGAGCUAUCAUUUGUUGACUUCUGUAACCGUAAAAGCCUUGGUUUUCUGAACGUUAACAUCAGAAGCCUCCUUCCUAAGUUUGAGUUAUUCACUGCGUUAGCACACUCUGCCAACCCUGAUGUUCUAGCAGUGUCUGAAUCCUGGCUUAGGAAGGCCACCAAAAAUGCAGAAAUGUCCAUCCCCAACUACAACAUUUUCCGUCUAGAUAGAACUGCCAAAGGGGGUGGAGUUGCAAUCUACUGUAGAGAGAGCCUGCAGAGCUCUAUCAUACUAUCCAGGUCGGUGCCCAAACAGUUUGAGCUUCUACUUCUAAAAAUCCACCUUUCCAGAAAUAAGUCUCUCACUGUUGCCGCUUGCUACAGACCCCCCUCAGCCCCCAGUUGUGCCAUGGACACCAUAUGUGAAUUGCUUGCCCCACAUCUAUCCUCAGAGUUCGUACUGCUUGGUGACCUAAACUGGGAUAUGCUUAACACCCCGGCCGUCCUACAAUCCAAACUAGAUGCCCUCAAUCUCACACAAAUUAUCAAGGAACCUACCAGGUACAACCCUAAAUCCGUAAACAUGAGCACCCUCAUAGAUAUCAUCCUGACUAACUUACCCUCUAAAUACACCUGCGCUGUCUUCAACCAGGAUCUCAGCGAUCACUGCCUUAAUGCCUGCGUCCGUAACGGGUCCGCGGUCAAACGACCACCCCUCAUCAAAAAGUAAAAAGGAGAACAGACGAGGUACUACACAAUUAGAGCAGGUAGGAUUUUCUCGUUCGUUUUGAGCCCACGGCAAGAAGGCACCAGAGCCUGUGACUAGAAGAGCAUGAGGUGUGGCUAACGUUAGCCAGCUUGAGCUAGCUACAAUAUGACGUUGAGAAAUAGUGCAUUUUUGUAUUUGCAACAAAACCGGGAAAGAACAGAAUCAGAACCGGAAACCAAAGUGAACUAUACUGUUCCGUAAUCCGAACCGUUAUUUUAAAAUCAUGGGAACCGGUUACGUUCCCGGGCAUUUUUUUUUUUCCAGUCCCACAAAAAUCGCAACAAAGCACCUAUGCAAAGCUCUCACUCGGUCACUCAUUCCAGCGCCUGCUGGAAAAUCUUUGCCUUUGUGUGCGUGUAUGUAGGCUACCUGCCUCUUCCCCUCCGAAGCAUAGGUUACUGUAGCCUACUGACGACGUUACAAGGGUGAUUCAGAAAUUAGGGAGAGAGAUGUUUAAAUAGAGGAGAAUGGAUUCACUUUUUCAAUGCUAGUUAAGGAUACUAUAGUUAUCACGUUUCACUUUGGGUUUAUUAAUUACAAAAAGGUAAGACGUGUUUUUAAUUGUAGUGCUGCUCUGCACGCACAAGCUAGCUGUCUAGCUAACGUUUGCUCUGGCCCAACGUUAAGCCAACUCUUGGAAGUACAAAGACAUUCAAAGUUCCUUCAUAGAAGCCGCUCCUCCGUAGGUAUAAUUCUGUGGGCCUAAUUCAGAUAAUGCAUGUCAUAACAAGAUGCCCAGCGCUUCAAGCCAAGACUCCUCCUCAACCCUCUCUCACGCUCUCCCCUCUCGCAACAUGUCCAUAGUGACUGGCUGCACAGUGUGUGUGUGUGUGUGUGUGUGUGUGUGUGUGGGUGUGGGUGUGUGUGGGUGUUUGUCUGUCAUUGUGAUGCUAUUACAGAAAAAUACAAUUUGCUAUAAAUAAAGGUUCUGUUCAGGAAAAUAAUUAUUUUUGGUUCCAACCCUUUAAGACACUAUGUUACUGUUUCCUUUAUUUUGGCAGUUACCUGUAUGUAUCUUUCUCUUCUAUUUCUCCAUCAGGUUGAUGUCCUCUAUGUUGUCCUAGCUCUACGCUGAUGUCCUCUAUGUUGUCCUAGCUCUACGCUGAUGUCCUCUAUGUUGUCCUAGCUCUACGCUGAUGUCCUCUAUGUUGUCCUAGCUCUACGCUGAUAUCCUCUAUGUUGUCCUAGCUCUACGCUGAUGUCCUCUAUGUUGUCCUAGCUCUAUGAUGAUAUCCUCUAUGUUGUCCUAGCUCUAUGCUGAUGUCCUCUAUGUUGUCCUAGCUCUAUGCUGAUGUCCUCUAUGUUGUCCUAGCUCUACGCUGAUGUCCUCUAUGUUGUCCUAGCUCUACGCUGAUAUCCUCUAUGUUGUCCUAGCUCUAUGCUGAUGUCCUCUAUGUUGUCCUAGCUCUAUGCUGAUGUCCUCUGUUGUCCUAGCUCUAUGCUGAUGUCCUCUAUGUUGUCCUAGCUCUAUGAUGAUAUCCUCUAUGUUGUCCUAGCUCUAUGCUGAUGUCCUCUAUGUUGUCCUAGCUCUACGCUGAUAUCCUCUAUGUUGUCCUAGCUCUAUGCUGAUGUCCUCUAUGUUGUCCUAGCUCUAUCCUGAUGUCCUCUAUGUUGUCCUAGCUUUAUCCUGAUGUCCUCUAUGUUGUCCUAGCUCUAUACUGAUGUCCUCUAUGUUGUCCUAGCUCUAUGAUGAUGUCCUCUAUGUUGUCCUAGCUCUACGCUGAUGUCCUCUAUGUUGUCCUAGCUCUAUCCUGAUGUCCUCUAUGUUGUCCUAGCUCCAGGCUGAUGUCCUCUAUGUUGUCCUAGCUCCAGGCUGAUGUCCUCUAUGUUGUCCUAGCUCUAUGCUGAUGUCCUCUAUGUUGUCCUAGCUCUAUGCUGAUGUCCUCUAUGUUGUCCUAGCUCUACGCUGAUGUCCUCUAUGUUGUCCUAGCUCUACGCUGAUGUCCUCUAUGUUGUCCUAGCUCUACGCUGAUGUCCUCUAUGUUGUCCUAGCUCUACGCUGAUGUCCUCUAUGUUGUCCUAGCUCUAUCCUGAUGUCCUCUAUGUUGUCCUAGCUCUAUGCUGAUGUCUUCUAUGUUGUCCUAGCUCUAUGCUGAUGUCCUCUAUGUUGUCCUAGCUCUAUACUGAUGUCCUCUAUGUUGUCCUAGCUCUAUGCUGAUGUCCUCUAUGUUGUCCUAGCUCUAUGCUGAUGUCCUCUAUGUUGUCCUAGCUCUACGCUGAUGUCCUCUAUGUUGUCCUAGCUCUAUGCUGAUGUCCUCUCUGUUGUCCUAGCUCUACGCUGAUAUCCUCUAUGUUGUCCUAGCUCUAUGCUGAUGUCCUCUAUGUUGUCCUAGCUCUAUCCUGAUGUCCUCUAUGUUGUCCUAGCUUUAUCCUGAUGUCCUCUAUGUUGUCCUAGCUCUAUACUGAUGUCCUCUAUGUUGUCCUAGCUCUAUGAUGAUGUCCUCUAUGUUGUCCUAGCUCUACGCUGAUGUCCUCUAUGUUGUCCUAGCUCUAUCCUGAUGUCCUCUAUGUUGUCCUAGCUCCAGGCUGAUGUCCUCUGUUGUCCUAGCUCCAGGCUGAUGUCCUCUAUGUUGUCCUAGCUCUAUCCUGAUGUCCUCUAUGUUGUCCUAGCUCUAUGCUGAUGUCCUCUAUGUUGUCCUAGCUCUAUCCUGAUGUCCUCUAUGUUGUCCUAGCUCUAUCCUGAUGUCCUCUAUGUUGUCCUAGCUCUAUGCUGAUGUCCUCUAUGUUGUCCUAGCUCUAUGCUGAUGUCAUCUAUGUUGUCCUAGCUCUAUACUGAUGUCCUCUAUGUUGUCCUAGCUCUAUGCUGAUGUCCUCUGUUGUCCUAGCUCUAUGCUGAUGUCCUCUAUGUUGUCCUAGUUCUAUGCUGAUGUCCUCUAUGUUGUCCUAGCUCUAUGCUGAUGUCCUCUAUGUUGUCCUAGCUCUAUGCUGAUGUCCUCUAUGUUGUCCUAGCUCUAUACUGAUGUCCUCUAUGUUGUCCUAGCUCUAUACUGAUGUCCUCUAUGUUGUCCUAGCUCUAUGCUGAUGUCCUCUGUUGUCCUAGCUCUAUGCUGAUGUCCUCUAUGUUGUCCUAGCUCUAUGCUGAUGUCCUCUGUUGUCCUAGCUCUAUGCUGAUGUCCUCUAUGUUGUCCUAGCUCUAUGCUCAUGUCCUCCUUAUGUGUUGUAUUUCUACGUCAGGCGUCCAGAGAUCACCAUCCUUUCAGCAGAGCCGCUGGUGUCUAACACCUGGUUCCCCGGGGCUUCUGGGGGAUUCCCUCCGCCCCCUCCUCCCGCCGCUCAGAUCUGGGGCAGCAGUAUACCUCCUACUAUACAGGUAACUAACCCUCCUCUUCCUCCUCCUCCUCCUCCUCCUCCCACCACUAUGACCUGGAGCAGCAGUAUACCUCCAACUAUACAGGUAACUAACCCUCCUCUUCCUCCUCCUCCUCUUCCUCCUCCCACCACUAUGACCUGGGGCAGCAGUAUACCUCCAACUAUACAGGUAACUAACCCUGAAUGUUGGUUUUCCGUCAAUUUGUGGGCGUGGUCGAGGGGAAUUGCUUAUUAUUACGUGAAUACCGACUGGGACAAUUAUAAUCAGAUCACAUUGUGAUGUCAUGAUGUGGGGCAAAAGUUCCAUCCCACCUGUUCAGGCUGAAAUUCCAGGAUUUUUUUCUUCAAACAACUCUUACACAAAAAGUGCAUUAUCAUAAUUUUCUAAAUGUCUGAGUGUUAUUUCGUCCUCAUAGUUUGGAAAUAUUAUUUUGUAAAACAUGAAAAUCACGUUUUUGAGUGCGCUGAGCCUUUAAAGCAUUUUGCCAUGGCUUAUUCCGUGUUCUUAUGUCAUCUGAGUGAUUAUAACUAAAUCAAUGGGGGUCCUAUGCCAUGACAUGUUUGGGCUUGGGCGGUGGUUGUAUCAACAGUGAAGUUGACAGACCUGACUGUCUAGUUUUUGUUUUGGUGAUUGUUAGUUCUCAAAGAUGAUCUUAUUUUGGGUUCAUUCCCGGGCUGUGCCACAACCGGCCGUGGCAAAUUGGCCCAGUGUCGUCCGGGUUAGUGGAUGGUUUGGCCCAGCGUCGUCCGGGUUAGGGGAGGGCUUGGCCCAGCGUCAUCCGGGUUAGGGGAGGGUUUGGCCCAGCGUCGUCCAGGUUAGGGGAGGGUUUGGCCCAGCGUCGUCCGGGUUAUGGGAGGGUUUGGCCCAGCGUCGUCCGGGUUAGGGGAGGGUUUGGCCCAGCGUCGUCCGGGUUAGGGGAUGGUUUGGCCCAGCGUCGUCCGGGUUAGGGGAGGGUUUGGCCCAGCGUCGUCCAGGUUAGGGGAGGGUUUGGCCCAGCGUCGUCCGGGUUAGGGGAGGGUUUGGCCCAGCGUCGUCCGGGUUAGGGGAGGGUUUGGCCCAGCGUCGUCCGGGUUAGGGGAGGGUUUGGCCCAGCGUCGUCCGGGUUAGGGGAGGGUUUGGCCCAGCGUCGUCCGGGUUAGGGGAGGGUUCGGCCCAGCGUCGUCCAGGUUAGGGGAGGGUUUGGCCCAGCGUCGUUAGGGGAGGGUUUGGCCCAGCGUCAUCCGGGUUAGGGGAGGGUUUGGCCCAGCGUCGUCCGGGUUAGGGGAGGGUUUGGCCCAGCGUCGUCCAGGUUAGGGGAGGGUUUGGCCCAGCGUCGUCCAGGUUAGGGGAGGGUUUGGCCCAGCGUCGUCCAGGGUAGGGGAGGGUUUGGCCCAGCGUCGUCCGGGUUAGGGGAGGGUUUGGCCCAGCGUCGUCCGGGUUAGGGGAGGGUUUGGCCGGGGGUCGUCCAGGUUAGGGGAGGGUUUGGCCCAGCGUCGUCAGGGUUAGGGGAGGGUUUGGCCCAGCGUCGUCAGGGUUAGGGGAGGGUUUGGCCCAGCGUCGUCAGGGUUAGGGGAGGGUUUGGCCCAGCGUCGUCCAGGUUAGGGGAGGGUUUGGCAUGGGGGGCUUUAUUUGGCUCAUCUCGCCCUAGCGACUCCUUGUGGCGGGCCAGGUGCCUGCAGGCUGACCCCAGUCACCAGUUGAACAGUGUUUCCUCUGACACAUUAGUGCGGUAAAAGGGGAUAAAUACAAAAAAUUAAAAAAGACGAUCUUAUUUGAAAAUAUAUUGUAUUUAUUUAUAAUUUAUAUAUUGCUCCAUUAUCUUUUCUACAGACUUUAUAUCUGGUUUUAGUCAUUUAAGUUUACAUUGAAAACGUUUUACCAUCUAAAAUAUAUAUACAGUUGAAGUUGGAAGUUUACAUACACUUAGGUUGGAGUCAUUAAAACUUGUUUUUCAACCACUCCACAAAUGUCUUGUUAACGAACUAUAGUUUUGGCAAGUUGGUUAGGACAUCUACUUUGUGCAUGACACAAGUAAUUUUUCCAACAAUUGUUUACAGACAGAUUAUUUCACUUAUAAUUCACUGUAUCACAAUUCCAGUGGGUCAGAAGUUUACAUACACUAAGUUGACUGUGCUUUCAAACAGCUUGGAAAAUUCCAGAAAAUGAUGUCAUGGCUUUAGAAGCUUCUGAUAGGCUAAUUGACAUCAUUUGAGUCAAUUGGUGGUGUACCUGUGGAUGUAUUUCAAGGCCUACCUUCAAACUCAGUGCCUCUUUGCUUGACAUCAUGGGAAAAUCAAAAGAAAUCAGUCAAGACCUCAGAAAACAAUUGUAGACCUCCACAAGUCUGGUUCAUCCUUGGGAGCAAUUUCCAAACGCCUGAAGGUACCACGUUCAUCUGUACAAACAAUAGUACGCAAGUAUAAACACCAUGGGACCACGCAGCCGUCAUACUGCUCAGGAAGGAGACGCGUUCUGUCUCCUAGAGAUGAAUGUACUUUUGUGCGAAAAGUGCAAAUCAAUCCCAGAACAACAGCAAAGGACCUUGUGAAGAUGCUGGAGGAAACAGGUACAAAAGUAUCUAUAUCCACAGUAAAACGAGUCCUAUAUCGACAUAACCUGAAAGGCCGCUCAGCAAGGAAGAAGCCACUGCUCCAAAACUGCCAUAAAAAAGCCAGACUAUGGUUUGCAACUGCACAUGGGGAUAAAGAUCGUACUUUUUGGAGAAAUGUCCUCUGGUCUGAUGAAACAAAAAUAGAACUGUUUGGCCAUAAUGACCAUCGUUAUGUUUGGAGGAAAAAGGGGGUUGGCUUGCAAGCCGAAGAACACCAUCCCAACCGUGAAGCACGGGGGUGGCAGCAUCAUGCUGUGGGGGUGCUUUGCUGCAGGAGGGACUGGUGCACUUCACAAAAUAGAUGGCAUCAUGAGGAAGGACAAUUAUGUGGAUAUAUUGAAGCAACAUCUCAAGACAUCAGUCAGGAAGUUAAAACAUGGUCGCAAAUGGGUCUUCCAAAUGGACAAUGACCCCAAGCAUACUUCCAAAGUUGUGGCAAAAUGGCUUAAGGACAACAAAGUCAAGGUAUUGGAGUGGCCAUCACAAAGCCCUGACCUCAAUCCUAUAGAACAUUUGUGGGCAGAACUGAAAAAGCGUGUGCGAGCAAGGAGGCCUACAAACCUGACUCAGUUACACCAACUCUGUCAGGAGGAAUGGGCCAAAAUUCACCCAACUUAUUGUGGGAAGCUUGUGGAAGGCUACCCGACAUGUUUGACCCAAGUUAAACAAUUUAAAGGCAAUGCUACCAAAUACGAAUUGAGUGUAUGUAAACUUCUGACCCACUGGGAAUGUGAUGAAUGAAAUAAAAGCUGAAAUAAAUCAUUCUCUCUACUAUUAUUCUGACAUUUCACAUUCUUAAAAUAAAGUGGUGAUCCUAACUGACCUAAGACAGGGAAUUUUUACUAGGAUUAAAUGUCAGGAAUUGUGAAAAACUGAAUUUAAAUAUAUUUGGCUAAGGUGUAUGUAAACUUCCGACUUCAACUGUAUAUACAGUACCAGUCAAAAGUUUGGACACACCUACUCAUUCCAGGGUUUUUCUUUAUUUUUUACUAUUUUCUACAUUGUACAAUAAUAGUGAAGACAUCAAAACUAUGAAAUAACACAUAUGGAAUCAUGUAGUAACCAAAAAAGUGUUUAAAAAAUCAAAAUAUAUUUUAUAUUUGAGAUUCUUCAAAGUAGCCACCCUUUUGCCUUGAUGACAUCAUGUAGUAACCGUGUGAAUCAGGCGGGGGGGGGGAGCAAAACCAUCAUAUAUCACAAGGUUGACAUCGCCCAACCCUAAUAAAUACCUGUCGAGGUUUUCAAUAUCUCUUUAAAUAUGUUCACUGUGUUUAGCCCUGACACACUUUGGGGUCGAUUGGAUGAUUUGCUAUAAUCUGGGUUCUUUCUCCCUCACUCUCUCCCUCCCUCCCCCAGCCUCCCCCGUCCUAUGAUGAGGUGAUUAGAGAGAAGAGACAGGAACAGGUUCAAGGGUUGCCUCCCUCCUCCUCCUCAUCCUCCUCACCCCUACGCUCCGUCUCCACGACUACCAUCGCUACGCAGACUGACACCGGACCUGAAUCCUCAGUUCCAACCCACAGUCACGCCCCAGUCCAGAGAGGGUCAGUGGGUAAGAGAGGGGGAGGAGGAGGAGGAGGAGGAGGGGGGAGGGGAGGUUGAAGCACAUAGUAAUCAGUUCCUAGAGUUCUGUUUUGGGGUGUGGAGUUCUAGAUUAGUUUCAUGUUUUGAGGUAUGGUUGAGAGGCUGUUUUGGGGUGUGGAGUUCUAGAUUAGUUUCAUGUUUUGAGGUAUGGUUGAGAGGCUGUUUUGGGGUGUGGAGUUCUAGAGUAGUUUCAUGUUUUGAGGUAUGGUUGAGAGGCUGUUUUGGGGUGUGGAGUUCUAGAUUAGUUUCAUGUUUUGAGGUAUGGUUUGAGAGGCUGUUUUGGGGUGUGGAGUUCUAGAGUAGUUUCAUGUUUUGAGGUAUGGUUGAGAGGCUGUUUUGGGGUGUGGAGUUCUAGAUUAGUUUCAUGUUUUGAGGUAUGGUUGAGAGGCUGUUUUGGGGUGUGGAGUUCUAGAUUAGUUUCAUGUUUUGAGGUAUGGUUGAGAGGCUGUUUUGGGGUGUGGAGUUCUAGAUUAGUUUCAUGUUUUGAGGUAUGGUUGAGAGGCUGUUUUGGGGUGUGGAGUUCUAGAUUAGUUUUCAUGUUUUGAGGUAUGGUUGAGAGGCUGUUUUGGGGUGUGGAGUUCUAGAUUAGUUUCAUGUUUUGAGGUAUGGUUGAGAGGCUGUUUUGGGGGUGUGGAGUUCUAGAUUAGUUUCAUGUUUUGAGGUAUGGUUGAGAGGCUGUUUUGGGGUGUGGAGUUCUAGAUUAGUUUCAUGUUUUGAGGUAUGGUUGAGAGGCUGUUUUGGGGUGUGGAGUUCUAGAUUAGUUUCAUGUUUUGAGGUAUGGUUGAGAGGCUGUUUUGGGGUUGUGGAGUUCUAGAUUAGUUUCAUGUUUUGAGGUAUGGUUGAGAGGCUGUUUUGGGGUGUGGAGUUCUAGAUGAGUUUCAUGUUUUGAGGUAUGGUUGAGAGGCUGUUUUGGGGUGUGGAGUUCUAGAUUAGUUUCAUGUUUUGAGGUAUGGUUGAGAGGCUGUUUUGGGGUGUGGAGUUCUAGAUUAGUUUCAUGUUUUGAGGUAUGGUUGAGAGGCUGUUUUGGGGUGUGGAGUUCUAGAUUAGUUUCAUGUUUGAGGUAUGGUUGAGAGGCUGUUUUGGGGUGUGGAGUUCUAGAUUAGUUUCAUGUUUUGAGGUAUGGUUGAGAGGCUGUUUUGGGGUGUGGAGUUCUAGAUUAGUUUCAUGUUUUGAGGUAUGGUUGAGAGGCUGUUUUGGGGGUGUGGAGUUCUAGAUUAGUUUCAUGUUUUGAGGUAUGGUUGAGAGGCUGUUUUGGGGUGUGGAGUUCUAGAUUAGUUUCAUGUUUUGAGGUAUGGUUGAGAGGCUGUUUUGGGGUGUGGAGUUCUAGAUUAGUAUCAUGUUUUGAGGUAUGGUUGAGAGGCUGUUUUGGGGUGUGGCGUUCUAGAUUAGUUUCAUGUUUUGAGGUAUGGUUGAGAGGCUGUUUUGGGGUGUGGAGUUCUAGAUUAGUUUCAUGUUUUGAGGUAUGGUUGAGAGGCUGUUUUGGGGUGUGGAGUUCUAGAUUAGUUUCAUGUUUUGAGGUAUGGUUGAGAGGCUGUUUUGGGGUGUGGAGUUCUAGAUUAGUUUCAUGUUUUGAGGUAUGGUUGAGAGGCUGUUUUGGGGUCCAACAUCUGACAUUAGGUCAAAUUCAUCCUACUUGUACUGGUGCUUGUUGCUUCAAUGUGUGAAUUGGUGUUUGUUUGUAGCCAGGAGAGCUCCAAAGCCUCCCAGACCUUCUUAUCCCUUUAUAUCCAAACCGUCGCACGCUGAUGACACGACGUCGCACGCUGAUGACACGACGGGGGCUGCUACUGCUACUGUCGACUCUCUGCUCUUCCUAGAAGACAGUCCAGCACUACACACACACACUCCGACCAGCAGACACACCGAGGACACCAGACCAGCAGCGUUUCACAGCGACCUCUUGACCUCUGAUCCUUUCUCACCUCUGACCUCUGCCUCUGGCAGCCAGACCGACCAUUGGGUGCAGUCCUCCUUGGUCCCGCCACCUCAUUCAACUGUUGCCUUGACAACUCCCUCCGCCCCUCCUCUGCUCCAUAACCAUCCCAGGCCACACCCUCGCACAAAGAAUAGCCUUCGACCAAUCAGGCGAGAGGUCAAGGUUCAGACCCUGGUGAGGCUGGGACAGACUGGAAGUGAGGUCACAGAGAACCAGGAUUUGAGUCAUCAGGAGGGGAAAUACCUUCAGGAGCUCCUGGACGCUUUCAGCUCUGAUGAUUGGGGCUUCCCUGAUCACCAUAGCAACGACAACGGAGAGAGCGACUCGGGAGGAGAAGAGGAGGAGGAAGACAUGGGUACUCUGAGAGCCAGGAUACAAGCCUUCGAGCUGCAGCAACAGGUAGAGGACCACGGUAACCGUACAGAUGAUAGCCAUGGAGACAACGGAGCGAUGCUAGGGCGGGGGAGACCUGAACCCCAUCACAGAGUCCAGGCCCCGCCCAAACCGGCCCCUCCCGUCGCCCCCAAACCCUCCUCCUGCAAAGGACUCUGGCAAGGGGGAGGCUCGGUGGCGAUGGCCGUGAACUUGACUGUUGAUACAACCACCGCCCAGCCCAAACCCAGUGAGACCACCUCAAGUGCCCCCGUCCUUGCUCCUGUCUCUACCCUUAACCCUAUUGUCCCAGUCCCUGCACCCCGACCCCUGCUCCCUAGAAAGCCCCCCUCUGAACCCCUAAGACCAGACCGCCAGGCGGGGCAGACAGAAGGGACCCCCGCAAUCCCCUGUCCUCCUCCAAGACCUCCAGUAGCACCCAGGACUAAACCCUCCGCAGACCUCCACAGCACCAACACUAAACCCUCCGCAGACAUCCACAGCACCAACACUAAACCCUCCGCAGACCUCCACAGCACCAACACUAAACCCUCCGCAGACCUCCACAGCACCAACACUAAACCCUCCGCAGACCUCCACAGCACCGACACUAAACCCUCCGCAGACCUCCACAGCACCAACACUAAACCCUGUGUUGCUCGGAAGCCCACUGCCAUGACGUCAUCCGGUAGAGCGAGCGGUAAGUGUGUGUUGAGCACUAAAGCUACCUAUGGCUGCAAUAUAACGGUGUGUUUGAGAAGUGUGAACGCCUGCUAACUGAGUUGUUUUCAUCAAACGUGGGGUUUUUCUCUUUUUAUAGGAAUGUGUGUCAGAGAACGUGAAAUAGUCCUAAUUUGUUACUCAACCCACCAAGUGAAACACAAAUGAUUGUUUAGACUUUUUUUUACAAAUUCAUAAAAAAUGAAAAGCUGAAAUGUCUUGAGUCAAUAAAAGUAUUCAACCCCUUUGUUAUGGCAAGCCUAAAUAAGUUCAGGGGUAAACGUUUGCUUAACAAGUCAAAUAAUAAGUUGCAUGGACUCAGUCUGUAUGCAAUAAUAGUGUUUAACAUGAUUGUUGAAUGACUACCUCAUCUCUGUACCCCCACACAUACAAUUAUCUGUAAGGUCCCUCAGUCGAGCAGUGAAUUUCAAACACAGAUUCAACCACAAAGACCAGGGAGGUUUUCCAAUGCCUCGCAAAGAAGGGCACCUAUUGGUAGAUGGGUAAAAAAAACUAAAAACAGACGUUGAAUAUCCCGUUGAGCAUGGUGAAGUUAUUAAUUACACUUUGGAUGGUGUAUCAAUACACCCAGUCACUACAAAAUAUACAGGUGUCCUUCCUAACUCAGUUGCCGGAGAGGAAGGAAACCGCUCAGGGAUUUCACCAUGAGGUCAAGUGCUGUGAUAGGAGAAAACUGAGGAUGGAUCAACAACAUUGUUGUUACUCCACAAUACUAACCUAAAGGACAGAGUGAAAAGAAGGAAGCUUUUACAGAAUACAAAAUAUUCCAAAACAUGAAUCCUUUUUGCAAUAAGGCACUAAAGUAAAACUGCAAAAAAUGUGGCAAAGAAAUUAACUUUCUGUCCUGAAUACAAAGUGUUAUGUUUGGGGCAAAUCCAAUACAACACGUUACUGAGUACCACUCUUCAUAUUUUCAAGUAUGGUGGUGGCUGCAUCAUGUUAUGCUUGUCAUCGGCAAGGACUAGGGAGUUUUUCAGGAUUAAAAUAACCGUAAAAAUAAAUGGAAUGGAGCUAAACACAGGCAAAAUCCCAGAGGAAAACCUGGUUCAGUCUGCUUUACACCAGACACUGGGAGACAAGCGGUACCAGAGUGCCAAGUCUAGGUCCAAAAGGCUCCUUAACAGCUUCUACCCCCAAGCCAUAAGACUCCUGAACAAUUAAUCAAAUGGCCACCUGGACUAUUUACAUUGACAUCCCCCCUUUGUUUUUACACUGCUGCUACUCACUGUUUAUUAUCUAUGCAUAGUCACUUUACCCCUACCGACAUGUACAAAUUACCUCGACUAACCUGUACCCCCACACAUUGACUCUGUACCGGUACCCCCUUGAUAUACAUGUUAUUGUUAUUACAUUUUUUACUCUAGUUUAUUUAGUCAAUAUUUUCUUAGCUCUAUUUCUUGAACUGCAUUGUUGGUUAAAGGCUUGUAAGUAAGCAUUUCACAGUAAGGUCUACUACACCUGUUGUAUUCGGCGCAUGUGACAGAUAACAUUUGAUUUGACGUUAGCCGAAAACACAAGGUCAGAUCUACACUGGAGUUGAUUACCAAGACAACCUUGAUUGUUCCUGAGUGGCUUAGUUACAGUUUUGACUUAAAUCGGCAAGAUUUGAAAAUGGGUUGUCAAGCAAUGAUCAACAACCAACUUGACAGAGCUUGAAGAAUGUUUUAAAGAAUAACGGGCAAAUAUUGUCCAAUCCAGGUGUGGGAAGCUCUUAGAGACUUACCCAGAAAGACUCACAGCUGUAAUCGCUGACAAAGGUGAUUCUAACAUGUAUUGACUCAGGGGUGUGAAUACUUCUUUUAAAUGAGAUAUUUAUGUAUUUCAUUUUCAAUACAUUUGCAAAAAUGUCUCUUAAACGUGUAUUCACUUUGUCAUUAUGUGUGUAGAUGGUGGAGAGAGAAAAAUAAUAUUGAAUCCAUUUUGAAUUCUGGCAACAACAAAAUGUGGAAUAAGUCAAGGGGCAUUAACACAACAAAGUGAAGGAGUGUGAAUAUUUUCUGAAUAUAAUUUCUGAGUAUUUGACACCAUUCCAGUCGCUCCCCUCGGCAGCCUCCUGUGAUUAUGCGCAUAACUUUACAUGACUAUUAACUGUGACUGUAAUUAAAAUCUAAAAUCAUUUGUUUUGAACCCUCCUCUUUUCUCCUCUCCUCUCCACUUCCUGUGUCUGGGCCAGCCGUCCCAGAGAACAGGAGACCUUCUCUGGCCUCCAAACCCUCCAUCCAGACCUCAACCUUAGCCCCAGCUCCAGCCCCAGUGAGGUCUACUCCCCCAGCUCCAGCCCCAGGGAGGUCUACUCCCCCAGCUCCAGCCCCAGUGAGGUCUACUCCCCCAGCUCCAGCCCCGGUGAGGUCUACUCCCCCAGCUCCAGCCCCGGUGAGGUCUACUCCCCCAGCUCCAGCCCCAGUGAGGUCCACUCCCCCAUCCUUACCUCCAGCUCCAGCCCAAAGGAAAACCCCACCGGUCUCCACAGAGUCUGAACCUCGGUAAGUCCAGAAAAAAAAUCCAGAAAAACGCAUGUUAAAAAUGUUAGAAAUUGAUUUGCAUUUUAAUGAGGGAAAUAAGUAUUUGACACCCUCUCAAUCAGAAAGAUUUCUGGCUCCCAGGUGUCUUUUAUACAGGUAACGAGCUGAGAUUAGGAGCACACUCUUAAAGGGAGUGCUCCUAAUCUCAGCUUGUUACCUGUAUAAAAGACACCUGUCCACAGAAGCAAUCAAUUAAUCAGAUUCCAAACUCUCCACCAUGGCCAAGACCAAAGAGCUCUCCAAGGAUGUCAGGGACAAGAUUGUAGACCUACACAAGGCUGGAAUGGGCUACAAGACCAUCGCCAAGCAGCUUGGUGAGAAGGUGACAACAGUUGGUGCGAUUAUUCGCAAAUGGAAGAAACACAAAAGACUGUCAAUCUCCCAUGCAAGAUCUCACCUCGUGGAGUUGCAAUGAUCAUGACAACGGUGAGGAAUCAGCCCAGAACUACACGGGAGGAUCUUGUCAAUGAUCUCAAGGCAGCUGGGACCAUAGUCACCAAGAAAACAAUUGGUAACACACUACGCCGUGAAGGACUGAAAUCCUGCCGCACCCGCAAGGUCCCCCUGCUCAAGAAAGCACAUAUACAGGGCCGUCUGAAGUUUGUCAAUGAACAUCUGAAUGAUUCAGAGGAGAACUGGGUGAAAGUGUUGUGGUCAGAUGAGACCAAAAUCGAGCUCUUUGGCAUCAACUCAACUCGCCGUGUUUGGAGGAGGAGGAAUGCUGCCUAUGACCCCAAGAACACCAUCCCCACCGUCAAACAUGGAGGUGGAAACAUUAUGCUUUGGGGGUGUUUUUCUGCUAAGGGGACAGGACAACUUCACCGCAUCAAAGGGACGAUGAACGGGGCCAUGUACCGUCAAAUCUUGGGUGAGAACCUCCUUCCCUCAGCCAGGGCAUUGAAAAUGAGUCGUGGAUGGGUAUUCCAGCAUGACAAUGACCCAAAACACACGGACAAGGCAACAAAGGAGUGGCUCAAGAAGAAGCACAUUAAGGUCCUGGAGUGCCUAGCCAGUCUCCAGACCUUAAUCCCAUAGAAAAUCUGUGGAGGGAGCUGAAGGUUCGAGUUGCCAAACGUCAGCCUCGAAACCUUAAUGACUUUGAGAAGAUCUGCAAAGAGGAGUGGGACAAAAUCCCUCCUGAGAUGUGUGCAAACCUGGUGGCCAACUACAAGAAACGUCGGACAUCUGUGAUUGCCAACAAGGGUUUUGCCACCAAGUACUAAGUCAUGUUUUGCAGAGGGGUCAAAUACUUAUUUCCCUCAUUAAAAUGCAAAUGAAUUCAUAACAUUUUUUACAUGCGUUUUUCAGGAUUUUUUUGUUGUUAUUCUGUCUCUCACUGUUCAAAUAAACCUACCAUUAAAAUUAUAGACUGAUCAUUUCUUUGUCAGUGGGCAAACGUACAAAAUCAGCAGGGGAUCAAAUACUUUUUUCCCUCACUGUAUGUAUGUAUAUAUACAGUGGGGAGAACAAGUAUUUGAUACACUGCCGAUUUUGCAGGUUUUCCUACUUACCAAGCAUGUAGAGGUCUGUAAUUUUUAUCAUAGGUACACUUCAACUGUGAAUGAAUUCAUAACAUUUUUUACAUGCGUUUUUCAGGAUUUUUUUGUUGUUAUUCUGUCUCUCACUGUUCAAAUAAACCUACCAUUAAAAUUAUAGACUGAUCAUUUCUUUGUCAGUGGGCAAACGUACAAAAUCAGCAGGGGAUCAAAUACUUUUUUCCCUCACUGUAUGUAUGUAUAUAUACAGUGGGGAGAACAAGUAUUUGAUACACUGCCGAUUUUGCAGGUUUUCCUACUUACCAAGCAUGUAGAGGUCUGUAAUUUUUAUCAUAGGUACACUUCAACUGUGAAAGACGGAAUCUAAAACAAAAAUCCAGAAAAUCACAUUGUAUGAUUUUUAAAUAAUUAAUUUGCAUUUUAUUGCAUGACAUAAGUAUUUGAUACAUCAGAAAAGCAGAACUUAAUAUUUGGUACAGAAAAGAAACCUUUGUUUGCAAUUACAGAGAUCAUACAUUUCCUGUAGGUCUUGACCAGGUUUGCACACACUGCAGCAGGGAUUUUGGCCCACUCCUCCAUACAGACCUUCUCCAGAUCCUUCAGGUUUCGGGGCUGUCGCUGGGCAAUACGAACUUUCAGCUCCCUCCAAAGAUUUUCUAUUGGGUUCAGGUCUGGAGACUGGCUAGGCCACUCCAGGAACUUGUGAUGCUCCUUACGGAGCCACUCCUUAGUUGCCCUGGCUGUGUGUUUCGGGUCGUUGUCAUGCUGGAAGACCCAGCCACGACCCAUCUUCAAUGCUCUUACUGAGGGAAGGAGGUUGUUGGCCAAGAUCUUGCGAUACAUGGCCCCAUCCAUCCUCCCCUCAAUACGGUGCAGUCGUCCUGUCCCCUUUGCAGAAAAGCAUCCCCAAAGAAUGAUGUUUCCACCUCCAUGCUUCACGGUUGGGAUGGUGUUCUUGGGGUUGUACUCAUCCUUCUUCCUCCAAAUGUAACCGGUGUGAAAUGGCUAGCUAGUUAGCGGUGCGCGCAAGUGGCAUUUAAAUCGGUGACGUCACUCGCUCUGAGACAUUGAAGUAGUUGUUUCCCUUGCUCUGCAAGGGCCGCGGCUUUUGUGGAGCGACGGGUAACGGUGCUUCGAGGGUGACUUUUGUCGAUGUGUGCAGAGGGUCCCUGGUUCAAGCCCAGGUAGGGGCGAGGAGAGGGACGGAAGCAAAACUGUUACACAAACACGGCGAGUGGAGUUUAGACCAAAAAUCUAUAUUUUUGUCUCAUCAGACCACAUGACCUUCUCCCAUUCCUCCUCUGGAUCAUCCAGAUGGUCAUUGGCAAACUUCAGACGGGACAUGCGCUGGCUUGAGCAGGGGGACCUUGCGUGCGCUGCAGGAUUUUAAUCCAUGACGGCGUAGUGUGUUACUAAUGGUUUUCUUUGAGACUGUGGUCCCAGCUCUCUUCAGGUCAUUGACCAGGUCCUGCAGUGUAGUUCUGGGCUGAUCCCUCACCUUCCUCAUGAUCAUUGAUGCCCCAUGAGGUGAGAUCUUGCAUGGAGCCCCAGACCGAGGGUGAUUGACCGUCAUCUUGAACUUCUUUCAUUUUCUAAUAAUUGCGCCAACAGUUGUUACCUUCUCACCAAGCUGCUUGCCUAUUGUCCUGUAGCCCAUCCCAGCCUUGUGCAGGUCUACAAUUUUAUCCCUGAUGUCCUUACACAGCUCUCUGGUCUUGGCCAUUGUGGAGAGGUUGGAGUCUGUUUGAUUGAGUGUGUGGACAGGUGUCUUUUAUACAGGUAACGAGUUCAAACAGGUGCAGUUAAUACAGGUAAUGAGUGGAGAACAGGAGGGCUUCUUAAAGAAAAACUAACAGGUCUGUGAGAGCCGGAAUUCUUACUGGUUGGUAGGUGAUCAAAUACUUAUGUCAUGCAAUAAAAUGUAAAUUAAUUACUUAAAUAUCAUACAAUGUGAUUUUCUGGAUUUUUUUACAGACCUCUACAUGCUUUGUAAGUAGGAAAACCUGCAAAAUCGGCAGUGUAUCAAAUACUUGUUCUCCCCACUGUAUAUAUGUGUAUAUAUAUGUGUAUAUAUGUAUAUAUACACUGCUCAAAAAAAUAAAGGGAACACUUAAACAACACAAUGUAACUCCAAGUCAAUCACACUUCUGUGAAAUCAAACUGUCCACUUAGGAAGCGACACUGAUUGACAAUACAUUUCACAUGCUGUUGUGCAAAUGGAAUAGACAACAGGUGGAAAUUAUAGGCAAUUAGCAAGACACCCCCAAUAAAGGACUGGUUCUGCAGGUGGUGACCACAGACCACUUCUCAGUUCCUAUGCUUCCUGGCUGAUGUUUUGGUCACUUUUGAAUGAUGGCGGUGCUUUCACUCUAGUGGUAGCAUGAGACGGAGUCUACAACCCACACAAGUGGCUCAGGUAGUGCAGCUCAUCCAGGAUGGCACAUCAAUACGAGCUGUGGCCAGAAGGUAUAUAUAUAAUGUAUAUGUAUGUGUGUAUAUAUGUAUCUACACUGCUCAAAAAAAUUAAGGGAACACUUAAACAACACAUCCUAGAUCUGAAUGAAUUAGAUAAUCUUAUUAAAUACUUUUUUCUUUACAUAGUUGAAUGUGCUGACAACAAAAUCACACAAACAUUAUCAAUGGAAAUCAAAUUUAUCAACCCAUGGAGGUCUGGAUUUGGAGUCACCCUCAAAAUUAAAGUGGGAAACCACACUACAGGCUGAUCCAACUUUGAUGUAAUGUCCUUAAAACAAGUCAAAAUGAGGCUCAGUAGUGUGUGUGGCCUCCACGUGCCUGUAUGACCUCCCUACGCCUGGGCAUGCUCCUGAUGAGGUGGCGGAUGGUCUCCUGAGGGAUCUCCUCCCAGACCUGGACUAAAGCAUCCGCCAACUCCUGGACAGUCUGUGGUGCAACGUGGCGUUGGUGGAUGGAGCGAGACAUGAUGUCCCAGAAGUGCUCAAUUGGAUUCAGGUCUGGGGAACGGGCGGGCCAGUCCAUAGCAUCAAUGCCUUCCUCUUGCAGGAACUGCUGACACACUCCAGCCACAUGAGGUCUAGCAUUGUCUUGCAUUAGGAGGAACCCAGGGCCAACCGCACCAGCAUAUGGUCUCACAAGAGGUCUGAGGAUCUCAUCUCGGUACCUAAUGGUAGUCAGGCUACCUCUGGCGAGCACAUGGAGGGCUGUGCGGCCCCCCAAAGAAAUGCCAUCCCACACCAUGACUGACCCACCGCCAAACCGGUCAUGCUGGAGGAUGUUGUAGGCAGCAGAACGUUCUCCACGGCGUCUCCAGACUCUGUCACGUCUGUCACGUGCUCAGUGUGAACCUGCUUUCAUCUGUGAAGAGCACAGGGCGCCAGUGGCGAAUUUGCCAAUCUUGGUGUUCUCUGGCAAAUGCCAAACGUCCUGCACGGUGUUGGGCUGUAAGCACAACCCCCACCUGUGGACGUCGGGCCCUCAUACCACCCUCAUGGAGUCUGUUUCUGACCGUUUGAGCAGACACAUGCACAUUUGUGGCCUGCUGGAGGUCAUUUUGCAGGGCUCUGGCAGUGCUCCUCCUGCUCCUCCUUGCACAAAGGCGGAGGUAGCAGUCCUGCUGCUGGGUUGUUGCCCUCCUACGGCCUCCUCCACGUCUCCUGAUGUACUGGCCUGUCUCCUGGUAGCGCCUCCAUGCUCUGGACACUACGCUGACAGACACAGCAAACCUUCUUGCCACAGCUCGCAUUGAUGUGCCAUCCUGGAUGAGCUGCACUACCUGAGCCACUUGUGUGGGUUGUAGACUCCGUCUCAUGCUACCACUAGAGUGAAAGCACCGCCAGCAUUCAAAAGUGACCAAAACAUCAGCCAGGAAGCAUAGGAACUGAGAAGUGGUCUGUGGUCACCACCUGCAGAACCAGUCCUUUAUUGGGGGUGUCUUGCUAAUUGCCUAUAAUUUCCACCUGUUGUCUAUUCCAUUUGCACAACAGCAUGUGAAAUGUGGACAGUUUGAUUUCACAGAAGUGUGAUUGACUUGGAGUUACAUUGUGUUGUUUAAGUGUUCCCUUUAUUUUUUUGAGCAGUGUAUAUAUAUGUAUAGUCCUCCUGGGUAUCAUGUAGCUGCUCUCAAAGUAGUAGAAAUAUACAAUACUAAUAAAAUAUAAAAUAGUAUAAUAGUCAUGAACAUCUCUCUUUAUAUAUUCCAGACCACACACACUCUUAACCUCUCUCUCUCUCUCUCUCUCUCUCUCUCUCUCUCUCUCCCCUCCCUCCCUCUCCCCCUCUCUCUCCUCCUCCCUCCCGCCCUCUCCCCUCUCUCCCUCCUCUCCCUCUCUCUCUCCUCAUCCCCCUCUCUCUCUCUGAUCUCUCUCUUCUCUCUCUCCUCUCUCUGUCUCUGUCUCUGUCUCUCUCAGUCCUGUCUUCUUCUCUCUCCCGUCUCUCUCUCUCUCCUCUCUCUUUUUUUUGUGUCUCAGACCCCAGGGAGGGGUUAAGAUGCUCCCCCUCCGCCCCCCUCCCAUAAAGACUGUUCCUGGUCGACCCCCACCUCCCCAGGCUGUCUCUGCCUCGUCUAUCACAUUAGCCAAUCAGCCCCCUGCCCGGGCUGUCUCCGCCCCCUCUACUAUAUCAUCCAAUCAGCCAUCCCCUCCCCAGGAUGUCCCCGCCCCCUCCAAUCAGCCGCAGGAUCAGAGGGCACCAAAGAGAGGCCCCCCUCUACCCCCCCGACCCAAGCCUGGACAUCCCCUGUACACGAGCUACAUGGUAAAUACAAACAUCUACUUAGGCCAUACACUGGCCGUACCCACGCUAUACUGUAUAUACAAAAGUAUGUGGACACCCCUUAAAAUUAGUGUAUUCGGCUAUUUCAGCCACGCCCGUUGCUGACAGGUGUAUAAAAUCGAGCACGCAGCCAUGCAAUCUCCAUAGACAAACAUUGGCAGUAGAAUGGCCCAUACUGAAGAGCUCAGCGACUUUCAACGUGGCACCGUCACAGGAUGCCACCUUUCCAAAUCAGUUCGUCAGAUUUCUGCCCUGCUGGGGCUGCCCCUGUUAGUGGGAAAUCCAUCCACCUGACAGGUGUGGCAUAUCAAGAAGCUGAGUUAAACAGCAUGAUCAUUACACAGGUGCACCUUGUGCUGGGGACAAUAAAAGGCCACUCUAAAAUGUGCAGUUUUGUCACACAAUAAAAUGCCACAGAUGUCUCAAGUUUUGAGGGAGCGUGUAAUUGGCAUGCUGACUGCAGGAAUGUCCACCAGAGCUGUUGCCAGAUAAUUUUAUGUUCAUUUCUCUACCAUACGCCGCCUCGAACGUCGUUUUAGAGAAUUUGGCAGUACGUCCAACCGGCCUCACAUGUGUGGGCGAGUGGUUUGUUGAUGUCAACGUUGUGAACAGAGUGCCCCAUGGUGGCGGUGGGGUUAUGGUAUGGACAGGCAUACGCUACAGACGACCAACACAAUUCAAUUUUAUCGAUGGCCAUUUGAAUGCACAGAGAUACCGUGAUAAGAUCCUGAGGCCCAUUGUCGUGCCAUUCAUCUGCUGCCAUCACCUCACGUUUCAGCAUGAUAAUGCACGGCCCCAUGUCGCAAGGAUCUGUACACAAUUCCUGGAAGCUGAAAAUGUCCCAGUUCUUCCAUGGCCUGCAUACUUACCAGACAUGUCACCCAUUGAGCAUGUUUGGGAUGCUCUGGAUCGACGUGUAUGACAGCAUAUCCAGCAACUUUGCACAGCCAUUGAAGAGGAGUGGGACAACAUUCCACAGGCCACAAUUAACAGCCUGAUCAACUCUAUGUGAAGGAGAUGUGUCGUGCUGCAUGAGGCAAAUGGUGGUCACACCAGAUACUGACUGGUUUUCUGGUCCACGCUCCUACCUUUUUUUUUAAGGUGUCUGUGACCAAGUCAUGUGAAACCCAUAGAUUAGGGCCUAAUUUAUUUAUUUCAAUUGACUGAUUUUCCUUAUAUGAACUGUAACUCAGUAAAAUCUUUGAAAUUGUUGCAUGUUGCGUUUUAUAUUUUUGUUCAUUAUAUGAGCUGAAUUACUGUCUUACCUCAAUUAGCCACCAAAUCCCUAGUUUGAAAGCGACUGUUUUUCUGGAAGCUGUGCUGCGCCAUGUUCCCACACCUGGGGCCAGCCCCCUAGCGAUUUGAGUUCUAGCCAGUGAGCUUCAGCCCCUCCCCAUUUGAGUGACAGCUAGCCAUAUGCACCAAACGAGAGAGAGAGAGACGAGAGACGUGCAGAACGGACUGACUCGAGAGAGAGAGCACGUGCAUGCGCUAGGACGAGGGACGCGAGGACGACGUGAGCGCGCGCGAGAGAGAAGAGAGAGAGGAGAUGAGAGACGAGAGAGGACUGCGGAGAGAGAGAUGCAGACGAGAGCGCGAGAGAGGAGAGACGAGACUGAGAGAGGAGGAUAUGAGAGAGGAGAGAUUGUCGAACGUGGGGAGAGAAGAUCGAGAUGACGUAAAGUCGAUUCUGAGAGAGAGAACCCUCAGAUCGUGAGAAGUGAGAGAGAGAGAGACGGACCGAGGACGAGAAGAGAGAGAGACGACAGGAGCACUGAGAAGAGGCCGGAGAGGUGUAGAGAGAGAGAGAGACUGAGAUGAAGAGAGAGAGAGAGAGAGAGAGCAGAGAGAGAGACGACGGAGAGAGAGGAGGAGAGAGGAGAGGAGAGAAGAGAGAGAGAGACGCUAGAGAAGGAUGAGAAGAGAGAGCAAGAGAGAGAGAUGAGGAGAGAAGAGGAGAGAGAGAGCAGACGGAGAGGAGAGAGAGAGAUGAGAGGAGAAGAGAGAGAGUGAGAAAGGCAGAGAGAGACCAUCUGUGAUGUUAGUGCAGUAAUUAUGUGACACUUUCGUCAUUUAGCUCUACUUUCGAACUACAGGGUAAAAAGUUUUUUUUUUUUUAAGUACCAGAGAAUCUCUUGUUAAGGUCAAGGUAAGGUUGGUUGUUAGUAGGUUGAAUUGUAUUUUUGGUAAGGAAGAGCUAUAUUCCAUAUGUCCUUUCCUGUGACUAGUGAUAAUCCAUGUGUGUCCUUCUAAUACCCAUAUGGAAUACCACUGGAAAUAGACCAGAGCAGGACUGCAAUGGCAGGGAAUUUAGAGAAGUCUCUUUCCAGGUCAGGGCUUUAACAUUAGUGCGAGAGGAGAUGAGGAUGGUAGGUGGUAAGGGGUUUAACAUUAGUGUUGAGAGGGAUGGUAGGUAAUGGGGCUUUAAACAUUAGUGUUGAGAGAUGGUAGGUAAUGGGGCUUAACAUGGGUUGAGAGGGAGAGAGGGAUGGUCGGUAAUGGGGCUUACAUUAGGGUGAGUAGGAGAUGAGGAUGGUAGGGGGGGGUUUUUGUUAAAAUGGGGGGCUUUAACAUUAGUGUUGAGAGGAGGGAGGUAAUGGGGCUUUAACAUUAGUGUGGAGGGAGAGGAUGGAGGUUUAAUGGGCUUUAACAUUAGUGUUGAGAGCGAUGGUCGGUAAUGGUGCUUAAACAUGAGGGUGAGAGGAGAGAGGAUGGUAGGUAAUGGGUUUAAAUAGUGUUUGAGAGGAUGGGAGGUAAUGGGGCUUAACCUAGUGUGUUGAGAGGUGAGCGGAUGGGUAGUUAAGGGGCUUAACCUUAGGGUUGAGGAGGAUGGUAGGUUAAUGGGGCUUUAACAUUCGUGUUGAGAGGCUGCGUAGGUAGGGGCUUUAACUUAGUGUGAGGAGGAUGGUAGGUUCAUGGGGGCUUUAACAUUAGGGUUGAGAGGAGAGAGGAUGGUAGGUAUGGGGCUGGCUUAACCAUUAGUGUUGAUGAGGGAUGGUAGGUAUGGGACUUUAAAUGUUUAGGGUUGAGAGGAAGAGAUGAUGGUAGGUAAUGGGGCUUUCUUUAACAUUAGGGUUGAGAGGAUGGUAGUAAUGGGGCUUUAACAUAGUGUUUGAGCGGAUGGUAGGGUAAUGGGCUUUAACAUUAGUGUUGAGGGAGAGAGGAGAUGGUAGGUAAAGGGGGAUUAACAUUAGGGUUGAGAGGAUGGUAGGUAAUGGGGCUUUAAAUUAGUGUUGAGAGGAGUAGGUAAUGGGGCUUUAAAUUAGUGUUGAGAGGAUGGUAGGUAAUGGGUGCUGUAACAUAGUGUGAGAGGAGGGAGGGGGGAUGGUAGGGUAAUGGGGCUAUAACAUUAGUGUUGAUAGAGGAUGGAGGUAAUGGGGCUUCAACAUAGUGUAGAGGAGAGAGGAUGGUAGGUAAGGUAAUGGCGGCUUGAACAUUCGUGUGUGAGAGGAAGAGAGGAUGUAGGUAAUGGGGCUUAAUAGGUGUUGAGAGGAUGGAGGUUAAUGGGGCGUUAAACAUUAGGGUGAGAGGAGAGAGGAUGGUAGGUAAUGGGGCUUACCUUAGGUUUGAGGGAUGGUAGGUAAGGGGGCUCUUUAAAUUGUAGUGUUGAGAGGAUGGUAGGGUAAUGGGGCAUUUAACAUUAGUUGUGAGGGAUGGUAGGUAAGGGGCUUUAAAUAUAGGUUGAGAGGAUGGUAGGGAAUGGGGGGCUUUAACAUAGUGUGAAGGUGGUACGUAAUGAGGGCUUUAAAUUAGUGUGAGAGGAUGGUAGGGAAUGGGGCGUUAACAUUAGUGUUGAGAGGAUGGUAGGUAAUGGGCUUAACAUUAGUGUUGAGAGGAUGGUAUGUAAUGGGGAUUUAAUAGUAGUGUUGAGAGGAGAGAGGCAUGGUAGAAUGGGGAUUUAACAUUAGUGUUGAGAGGAGAGAGGAUGGUAGGUAAUGGGGCUUUAACAUUAGGUUGAGAGGGAGGAUGGUAGGUAAGGGGGGCUGUAAAAGAAAACCCCCAAUAGUGUGAGAGGAUGGUAGGUAAUGGGCUUUAAACAUUAGUGUUGAGAGGAGAGGGAUGGUAGGUAAUGAGGCUUUAACAGUAGGUUGUGAGAGGAGAGAGGAUGGUAGGUAAUGGGGCUUUAACAUAGUGUUGAGAGGGAUGGUAGGUAAUGGGGCUUUAACAUUAGUGUUGAGAGGAUGGUAGUAAUGGGGCUUUACAUUAGUGUUGAGAGGAUAGUAGGUAUGGGGCUUAACAUUAGUGUGAGGAGGAGGUAGGUAAUGGGGCUGUUAACAUUAGUGUUGAGAGGAGAGAGGAUGGUAGGUAUGGGGCUUUACAUAGUGUUGAGAGGAUGGUAGGUAAUGGGGCUUUAACAUUAGUGUUGAGGAGGAUGGUAGGUACUGGGCUUUAACAUUAGUGUUGAGAGGAGAGAGGAUGGUAGGUAAUGGGCUUUAACAUUCGUGUUUGAGAGGAGGGGAGGAUGGUAGGUAAAUGGGGCUUAAAAUUAGUGUUGAGAGGAGGGCGGAUUGGUAGGUAAAUGGGGCUUAACAGUAGUGUUGAGAGGAGAGGGAGAACGAGGAAAAAAAUGGUAGGUAAGGGGCUUUACAUUAGUGUUGCGGAAGAUGGUAGGUAAUGGGGCUCUUUAACAUUCGUGUGAGAGGAGGAGAGAUGGUAGGGAAUGGGGCCUUUACAUUAGGUUGAGAGGAGGUAGGUAAUGGGGCUUUAAACAUUAGUGUUGAGAGGAUGGUAGGUAAUGGGGCUUUAACAUGUGGUGAGGGAGGUAGGUAAUGGGGCUUUAAACAUUAGUGUUGAGAGGAUGGUAUUUUUUGGUAAUGGGCUUUAACAUGUGUUGAGCGGAUGGUAUAGGUAGGUAAUGGGGCGUUAACAUUGUGUUGAGAGGAUGGUAGGUAAUGGGCUUUAACAUUAGUGUGAGAGGAUGGGAGGUAAUGGGGCUUUAAACAUUAGUGUUGAGGGCGGGAGGAUGGUAGGUAAUGGGCUUUAAAACAUUAGUGUUUGAGAGGAUGGUAGUAAUGGGCUUUACUUAGUGUUGAGAGGAGGGAGGAUGGUAGGUAAUGGGGCUUUAAAUUAGUGUUGAGAGGAUGGUAGGGGUAAUGGGGCUUUAAAUUGUGUUGAGAGGAGGGAGAUGGUAGGUAAUGGGCUUUUUUAACAUUAGUGUGAGAGGAGAGCGGAUGGUAGGUAAUGGGGCGUUAAACCUUAGUGUAGUGUUGAGAGGAUGGUAGGUAAUGGGGCUUAACAUUAGUGUUUAGUAGAGAAGAGGAUGUAGGUAAUGGGCGUUAACAUUAGUGUGGAGAGGAUGGUAGGUAAUGGGGCUUAACAUUGUGUUGAGGGAAUGGUAGGUAUGGGGCUUUACAUUAGUGUUGGAGGAUGGUAGUAAUGGGGUUUAACAUUAGUGUGCGGAGGAUGGUAGGUAAUGGGGCUUUUAACAUUAGUGUGUGAGAGGAUGGUAGGUAAUGGGGGCUUUAAACAUUAGUGUUGAGAGGAUGGUAGGUACGGGGGCUUAACGAGUGGUUGAGAGGAUGGUAGGUAAUGGGGCUUUACAUUAGUGGUUGAGAGGAGGUAGGUAAGGGGCUUUAACAUAGUGUUGCGAGGAUGGAGGUAAUGGGCGUUAACAUUAGUGUUGAGAGAUGGUUAGGUAAGGGCUUUAACAUUAGUGUUGAGAGGAUGGAAGGUAAUGGGGCUUUACAUUAGUGUGACGAGGAUGGUAGGUAAAGGGGCUUUAACAUUAGUGUUGAGAGGACAGAGGAAUGGUAGGUAAUGGGGCUGGAACAUUAGUGUGAGAGGAUGUAGUGGUAAUGGGGCUUUACAUAGGUUGAGAGGAGGGAGGAAUGGUAGGUAAUGGGGCUUUAACAUUAGUUGUUGAGAGGAUGUUAGUUAAUCGGGCUUUAACAUAGUGUUGAGAGGAGGGAGGAUGGUAGGGAAUGGGGCUGUAACCUUAGUGUUGAGAGGAUGGUAGGUAAGGGGCUUACAUUAGUGUUUGAGAGGAGGGAGGAGGUAGGUCAUGGGGCUUUAACAUUAGUGUUGAGAGGAGAGCGGAUGUGUAGGUAAUGGGGCUUUAACAUUAGUGUUGAGAGGCUGGUAGGUAAUGGGGCUUUUAACAGAGGUUGAGAGGAUGGAGCGUAAUGGGGCUUAACAUUAGGUGUCUUGAGAGGAUGGUAGGUAAUGGGCUGUAACAUUAGGGUUGAGAGGAGACGAGGAUGGUAGGUUAAUGGCUUUAACAUUAGGGGUUGAGAGGAGGGAAGAGAGGAGGUAGGUAAUGGGGCUGGCUUUAACGAGGGUGAGAGGAGGGAGGAUGGUAGGGUAAUGGGGCCUUAAAAUUAGUGUUGAGAGAGAUGAGGAUGUUAGGUAAUGGGGCUUUUACAUUAAGUGUUGAGAGGAGAGAGGAUGGUAGGUAAUGGGGCUUAACAUUAGUGUUGAGAGAGAGAGGAUGGUAGGUAAUGGGGACUUUAACAUUAGUGUGAGAGGAGAGGAGGAUGGUAGGUAAUGGGGCUUUAACAUUAGUGGUGAGCGAAGGGAGGAUUGUAGGUAAUGGCUUUAACAUUAGUGUUGAGAAGGGGGAUGGUAGUAAUGGGGCUUUAACAUUAGUGUUGAGAGGAUGUAGGUAAUGGGGCUUGAACAUUAGUGUUGAGAGGAUGGUGGUAAUGGGACUCCAUUAGGGUGCGAGGAUGGUAGGUAAUGGGGCUUUAACCUUGUGUGACGAGGAUGGAUAGGUAUAGGGGCUUUAACAUUAGUGUUGAGAGGAUGGUCAGGGGUAAGGGCUUUAACAUAGGUUGAGAGGAUGGUAGGUAAUGGGGCUUUAACAUUAGUGUUGAGAGGAGAGAGGAGAGAGGAUGAGUAGGUAAUGGGCUUUAAAAUUAGGCGUUGAGAGGAGAGAGGAUUGGUAGGUAAUGGGGCUUUAACAUUGUGUUGAGAGGAGGGGAGGAUGUAGUUAAUGGGGCUUUAACAUUAGUGUGAGAGGAUGGUAGGUAAAUGGUAAUGGGGCUUUAACAUUCGUGUUGAGAGGAGAGAGGAUGGUAGGUAAUGGGGUUUUUAAACAUUAGGUUGAGAGGAGAGAGAUGGUAGGUAAUGGGUUUAACAUUUAGUGUGAGAAGGAGAGAGGAUGGUAGGUAAUGGGGGCUUUUAAAAUUAGUGUUGAGCGGAUUUGGCUAGGUAAUGGGGCUUUAACAUAGUGUUGAGAGGAGAGACGGAUGGUAGUAGGUAAUGGGGCUGUAAAUUAGUGUUGAGAGGAGAGAGUAUGUGUAGGUAAUGGGGCUUUUUUUAACAUAGUGUGAGAGGAGAGAGGAUGAGUAGGUUAAUGGGCUCUUUAACAGUAGUGUUCGAGAGGAAGAGGAUGGUAGGAAUGGGGCUUUAACAUUAGUGUGAGACGAUGGUAGGGUAAUGGGGCUUUAACAGUAGUGUUGAGAGGAUGGUAGGUAAUGGGGCUUAACAUUAGUGUUGCGAGGAGGGCGGAUGGUAGGUAAUGAGGGGCUUUCUUUUAACAUUAGUGUUGUUGAGAGGAUGUAGGUAAUGGGCUUUAAACAAUUAGUGUGAGAGGGAGAGAGAGAGGAUGGUAGGAAUGGGGCUUUCACAUUAGUGUUGAGAGAUGGUAGCGUAAUGGGGAUUUAACAUAGUGUUGAGAGGAGGGAGGAUGGCGUGCAAGGGAACUAUUAUGACUUUCACCCUAUAGAGAAUGUGAUGUAUGGGUUGUUUUGCGUAUGUAUUCAGAACAGAAUAGAGCAGCUAGUUCCAAUACCCCUUUCACUCCCCCUUGGUCCUAAGCUGGGUUAGCAUGUGAGCAUGUUGAAGGGUGCGGGGUAGGUAUAAUCAGUGUUAGACUGUCUGAAGGAUCUGGGUAGGUAUAAGCAGUGUAGGCAGUUAGCAUGUCUGAAGGUCUGGGUAGGUAUAUCAGUUUAGCAGUGUCUGAAGGGUCUGGGUAGGUAUUACGCAGGGGAGCCUGUUAGCAUGUAUGAAGGAUUGGUAAGGUAUAAGCGAGUGUGAGCUGUUUAGCAUGUCUGAAGGGGCUGGGUAGGUAUAAGCAGGUUAGCAUGUGAGCCAUGUCGAGGGUCUGGGUAGGUAUGAGCAGGUUGCAUGUAGCAUGUCUGAAGGGUCGGGUAGGUAGAAGCCGGUUAGCAUGUUAGCAUGCGUCUGGCCACAGGUCUGGUAGGUAUACGCAGUGUUAGCAUGUAGAUGUCUGAGUGGUCGGGUAGGUUAUAAGCAGAGUUGUGUAGCGGUUUAAAGCUUCCCACCAUACUUUUUCCAGGGGACUGGCUCAUUUCCCUUUAUUCCAUUUAAUGAACUCCUUAUAUGGGUGUGUCUCAGAAACAGGACGUCCUGGUUCUGUUGGAGAAGACAGACUCCGCCCACAAAGAUUGUCUCCUGGGGGAGGAGUCAGGUCGGGUUACAAGGAGUCCACACAUGGACUGUAAUCACCCCUCUGUCUGACCAAUCACAGCCUCCCAGUGACCAACACAACCAAUUCGAUCCCGCCUCGGACGACAACAGCCAAUUGAAGCCUCCCUCUGAAUACAAGAGCCAAUCAGAACCUCCGGUAAAUGCAUCACAUAUAUCCUUUUAAAAAAUAUGAGUUUUAUUUUUCUUAAUUAAUCUUUCUAUUUAGUUUAUCUCUCCGUUUCCUCCUUCAGUCCAUCCUCCCAUCUCAGCCCCGUGUAGAGAAGGCCCCACCGGUCACAGCACCUGUCAGGUGAGACACACACAGACACACAAUGAUGUAUUGUUGUCCCCUGUCUCUGUGUGUGUGUAGUGGUCCGAGGUGUAAUGUAUUGUUUGUCCCCUGUCUCUGUGGGGUGUGUAGUGGUCCGAGGUGUAAUUUUAUUGUUUCCCUGUCCUGUGUGUGUGUAGUGGUUUAGGUGUAAGUUUUUGUUGUCCCCUGUCUCUGUGUGUGUGUGGUUGGUCCGAGGUGUAAUGUAUGUUUUUCCCCUGUCUCUGUGUGGUGUUUUAGUGGUCCGAGUGUAAAGUAAAUUUUUGGGCCCCUGUCUCUUGUGUGUGUGUAAUGGUCCGAGGUGUAAUGUAUUGUUGUCCCCUGUCUCCGUGUGUGUGUAGUGGUGAGGUGUAAUGUAUUGUUGUCCCCUGUCUCCGUGUGUGUGUAGUGGGUCGAGGUGUAAUGUAUUGUUGUCCCCUGUCUCCGUGUGUGUGUAGUGGUGAGGUGUAAUGUAUUGUUGUCCCCUGUCUCUGUGUGUGUGUAGUGGUGAGGUGUAAUGUAUUGUUGUCCCCUGUCUCCGUGUGGUGUGUAGUGGUGAGGUGUAAUGUAUUGUUGUCCCCUGUCUCCGUGUGUGUGGUAGUGGUGAGGUGUAAUGUAUUGUUGUCCCCUGUCUCUGUGUGUGUGUAGUGGUGAGGUGUAAUGUAUUGUUGUCCCCUGUCUCCGUGUGUGUGUAGUGGUCCGAGGUGUAAUGUAUUGUUGUCCCCUGUCUCCGUGUGUGUGUAGUGGUGAGGUGUAAUGUAUUGUUGUCCCCUGUCUCUGUGUGUGGGUGUAGGUGGUGAGGUGUAAUGUAUUGUUUGUCCCCUGUCUCUGUGUGUGUGUAGUGGUCCGGUGUAAUGUAUUUGGGCCCUGUCUCUGUGUGUGUGUAGUGGUCCCAGGUGUAAUGUUUGUUGUCCCCUGUCUCUGUGUGUGUGUAGUGGUCCGAGGUGUAAUGUAUUGUUGUCCCCUGUCUCUGUGUGUGUGUAGUGGUCCGAGGUGUAAUGUAUUGUUGUCCCCUGUCUCUGUGUGUGUGUAGUGGUGAGGUGUAAUGUAUUGUUGUCCCCUGUCUCUGUUGUCUGUAGUGGUGAGGUGUAAUGAUUGUUUUUCCCCUGUCUCUGUGUGGUUUUAUGGUGGGGUGUAAUGUAUUGUUGUCCCCUGUCUCCGUGUGGGUGUGUGGUGAGGUGUAAUGUAUUGUUGUCCCUGUCUCCGUGUGUGUGUAGUGGUGAGGUGUAAUGUAUUGUUGUCCCCUGCUCUGUGUGUGUGUGUAGUGGUGAGGUGUAAUGUAUUGUUGUCCCCUGUCUCCGUGUGUGUGUAGUGGUGAGGUGUAAUGUUUGUUUUUCCCCUGUCUCCGUGUGUGUGUAGUGGUGAGGUGUAUGUAUUGUUGUCCCCUGUCCCCUGUGUGUGUGUAGUGGUGGGGUGUAAUGUAUUGUUUCCCCUGUCUCUUGUGUGUGAUGGUAGGGUAUGUUUGUUGUCCCCUUCUCGUGUGUGGGGUAGUGGUUUUUUGUAAGAAAAUUGUUGCCCCCCUUCUCUGUUGGGUAGUGUGAGGAAAUGUAUGUUGUCCCCUGUCUCGUGUGGUUAGGGGGAGGUGUAAGAUUUGUCCCCUUCUCUUUUGGUGUGUAGUGGGUAGUUUUAAUGUAUUGUUUUCCCCUUCCCGUUUUGGGGUUUUUUGGUGGGGGGAAUGAUUGUUGCCCCCCUUCCCGUGUGUGUGUAGUGGUGGGGGUUAAUUUUUUUUGUCCCCUGUCUCUGUGUGUUUGUAGUGGUGAGGUGAAAUGUAUUUUUUCCCGCCCUCCGUGUGUUUUUGGUCCCAGGUGUGUGGCGCGGUUCGACUACGAGGGGGAGGAGGAAGACGAGCUGACCUUCUCCGAGGGUGAUGUCAUCGCUCUGACGGAUGUGAUUGAUCAGGAGUGGGGGCGGGGUCAGAUCCACGGGCGAAUAGGAAUCUUCCCCCUGGCCUUCACCGAGAUCCUGGAGGAACCACCCCCGUCGGCAGGGUUACAGGACCUUGUCGAGACGACCACGAAGACGCUGAAUCCUCAGGUGAUUAGACCCAAGGUCCUUCAGUUACGAAGCCAAACAUAUAGACCUACUUAGAUUUGGCCAACUGGAUUCUAGUGGUGAGCUGUAUGUGGUGAUCCUAUAGCCUUGUCUUUCUCUACAGUGAGGCUGUUGAUCCUAUAGCCUUGUCUUUCUGUACAUUAAGAUUUGUGUGUGUGUGUGUGUUAAUAUUUCUAAAUGUGUAUAUGUGUGUGUGUGUUAAUAUUUCUAAAUGUGUAUAUGUGUGUGUAUGCGCUCUCUGUGUUUGUGUAUCAGAAGGUGCAGAACAGUGGGUUGUGGCUCUGCAUGAUUUCCCAGGUCAGACUGCAGAGGACCUGUGGUUCCAGCAGGGGGCGCUGAUCAGAGUAACACGGCGCGUUGACGCCGACUGGACCAGAGGAACACUGGACGGACGGGAGGGACUGUUCCCCACUACCUUCACACACACCUGUAACACAGGUGACACACAGAGUAGGGUGAUGUUACACUGAUCCUGGUUCAGUUUUUGCUUUCCCCCCUCACUAAUGGUUAAGGUUUAGAUUGGGGGGGGGAAGCUGCUUUCCCCCCUCACUAAUGGUUAAGGUUUAGAUUGGGGGGAGGGGAAUCUGAUCCUGGAUCUAUGCCUAGGGGGAAGUUUCACACAACAUGGACAGAGUUUAACCAUACUUUCUGCUCCUCUCUGCAGCUCAGCCAAUGACGGGCCAGCCUGUGGCCAGGGGCGUGGCCAAGGUCCUGUUUGAUUUCAGUGCAGAGAGUGAAGAUGAACUCUCACUGAAGGUGGGCCUGCUCAGCUCUGUGUGUUCAUAUUUUGUUACCAAUUAAGUAGCAAAGUCUAAUGAUUUGUGUACUUUCUCUCUCUCUCUCGUCUCUCUUUCCCUCCCCUCUCUCUUCCCCCCCCCCUCUCUCCCCCUGUUUUUUUCCCCCUCUCUCCCCCUGUUUUUUUCCCCCUCUCUCUCCCCCCUGUUCUUCCCCCUCUCCCUGUCUUUUCCGCUCUCUCCUCUCGCUCUCUCUCUUUCCCUCCCCUCUCUCUUCCCCCCCUCUCCUCACUCUCUCUCUCUCUCUCUCUCCCCCUGUUCUUCCCCCUCUCCCUGUCUUUUCCGCUCUCUCUCUCUCUCUCUCUCUCUCUCCCAGGCGGGGGAGGUAGUGACAGGGGUGGUGACAGUAGAUGAUGAGUGGUAUCUGGGGGAUGCAGGAGGGAGACGAGGCCUGGUCCCCAAAAACUACCUGACACUGCUUCCUGACAGCUACAAAUAGGACUAUGUACACUAUGUGAUUGAUAUAUACAUGACAUGGCCAAAAGUAUGUGGACACCCCUUCAAAUUAGUGGAUUCAGCUAUUUCAGCCACACCCGUUGCUGACAGGUGUAUAAAAUCGAGCACACAGCCAUGCAAUCUCCAUAGACAAACAUUGGCAGUAGAAUGGCCCGUACUGAAGAGCUCAGUGACUUUCAACGUGGCACCGUCACAGGAUGCCACCUUUCCAACAAGUAAGUUCGUCAAAUUUCUGCCCUGCUAGAGCUGCCCCGGUCAACUGUAAGGGCUGUUAUUAUGAAGUGGUGUAAAGCUCGCUGCCAUUGGACUCUGGAGCAGUGGAAACGCGUUCUCUGGAGUGAUGAAUCGCUCUUCACCAUCGGGCAGUCCGACGGACGAAUCUGGGUUUGGCGGAAGAGGAAUAAUGGUCUGGGGCUGUUUUUCAUGGUUCGGGCUAGGCCCCUUAGUUCCAGUGAAGGGAAAUCUUAACGCUACAGCAUACAAUGACAUUCUAGAUAAUUCUGUGCUUCCAACUUUGUGGCAACAGUUUGGGGAAGGCCCUUUCCUGUUUCAGCAUGACAAUGCCCCAGAAAUUGUUUGUCGAGAUUGGUGUGGAAGAACUUGACUGGCCUGCACAGAGCCCUGACCUCAACCCCAUCGAACACCUUUGGGAUGAAUUGGAACACCGACUGCGAGCCAGGCCUAAUCGCCCAACAUCAGUGCCCGACCUCACUAAUGCUCUUGUGGCUGAAUGGAAGCAAGUCCCCGCAGCAAUGUUCCAACAUCUAGUGGAAAGCCUUCCCAGAAGAGUGGAGGCUGUUAUAGCAGCAAAGGAGGGAACCAACUCCAUGUUCAUGCCAAUGAUUUUUGAUGAGAUGUUCGAUGAGCAGGUGUCCGCAUACUUUUCGUAAUGUAGUGUGUAUAUAAAUAUGUGCCUUCAGAAAGUAUUCAUACCCCUUGACUUAUUCCACAUUUUGUCGUGUUACAGCCUGAAUUCAAAAUGGAUUACAUUGUAAGUCUUUCUGAGUCUCUAAGAGCUUUCCACACCUGGAUCACAAUACCCCAUAAUGACAAAGUCAAACAUGUCUUUUGAAAUGUUUGCAAAUUUAGUGAAAAUUAAAUACAUAAAUGUCUAACUUACAUAAGUAUUCACACCCCUGAGUCAAUACAUGUUAGAAUCACCUUUGGCAGCGAUUACAGCUGUGAGUCUUUCUGGGUAAGUCUCUAAGAGCUUUCCGCACCUGGAUUGUACAAUAUUUGCCCAUUAUUCUUUAAAACAUUCUUCAAGCUCUGUCAAGUUGGUUGUUGAUCAUUGCUAGACAGCCAUUUUCAAGUCUUGCCAUAGAUUUUCAAGCAGAUUUAAGUCAAAACUGUAACUAGGCCACUCAGGAACAUUCACUGUCUUCUUGGUAAGCAACUCCAGUGUAGAUUUGGCCUUGUGUUUUAGGUUAUUGUCCUGCUGAAAGGUGAAUUCAUCUCCCAGUGUCUGGUGGAAAGCAGACUGAACCAGGUUUUCCUCUAGGAUUUUGCCUGUGCUUAGCUCCAUUCCGUUUAUUUUUUAUCCUGAAAAACUCCCUAGUCCUUAAUGAUUACAAACAUACCCAUAACAUGAUGCAGCCACCACUAUACUUGAAAAUAUGAAGAGUGGUACUCAGUAAUGUGUUGUAUUGGAUUUGCCCCAAACAUAACACUUUGUAUACAGGACAGAAAGUUUAAUUGCUUUGCCAAAUUUUUUGCAGUAUUACUUUAGUGCCUUGUUGCAAACAGGAUGCAUGUUUUGAAAUAUUUGUAUUCUGUACAGGCUUCCUUCUUUUCACUCUGUCAUUUAGGUUAGUAUUGUGGAGUAACUACAAUGUUGUUGAUCCAUCCUCAGUUUUCUCCUAUCACGGCCAUUCAACUCGGCCAUUCAACUUUAACUGUUUUAAAGUCACCAUUGGCCUCAUGGUGAAAUCCCUGAGUGGUUUCCUUCCUCUCCGGCAACUGAGUUAGGAAGGACGCCUGUAUCUUUUGUAGUGACUGGGUGUAUUGAUACACCAUCCAAAGUGUAAUUAAUCACUUCACCAUGCUCAAAGGGAUAUUUAAUGUCUGUUUUUUGUUUUUUUUACCCAUCUACCAAUAGGUGCCCUUCUUUUGCGAGGCAUUGGAAAACCUCCCUGGUCUUUGUGGUUGAAUCUGUGUUUGAAAUUCACUGCUCGACUUAGGGACCUUACAGAUAAUUGUAUGUGUGGGGUACAGAGAUGAGGUAGUCAUUCAAAAAUCAUGUUAAACACUAUUAUUGCAUACAGACUGAGUCCAUGCAACUUACUAUUUGACUUGUUAAGCAAAUGUUUACCCCUGAACUUAUUUAGGCUUGCCAUAACAAAGGGGUUGAAUACUUAUUCACUCAAGACAUUUGGGUUUUUCAUUUGUAUAAAAAAAAAAAAAAAAAAGAUUUGAAAAACAUAAUUCCACUUUGACAUUAUGGGGUAUUGUGUGUAGACCAGUGAAAAAUCUCAAUUUAAUCCAUUUUAAAUUAAGGCUGUAACACAACAACAACAAGUCAAGUGUGUAAAUAUACUGAGUAUACUAAGCAUUCCUCUUUCCAUGACAGACUGACCAGCUGAAUCCAGGUGAAAGCUACGAUCCUUUAUCGAUGUUAAAUCCAUUUCAAUCAGUGUAGAUGAAGGGGAGGAGACGGGUUAAAGAAGGAUUUUUAAGCCUUGAUACAGUUGAGACAUGGAUUGUGUAUGUGUGCCAUUCAGAGGGUGAUUGGGCAAGACAAAAUAUUUAAUUGCCUUUGAAUGGGGCGUGGUAUAAGGUGCCAGGCGCAUCGGUUUGUGUCAAGAACUGCAACGCUGCUGGGUUUUUUCACGCUCAAACAGUUUCCUGUGUGUAUUAAGAAAGGUCCACCACCCAAAGGACAUCCAGCCAACUUGACACAACUGUGGGAAGCAUUGGAGUCAACAUGGGCCAGCAUCCCUGUGGAACGCUUUUCGACACCUUGUAGAGUCCAUGCCCCAACAAAUUGAGGCUGUUCUGAGGGCAAAAGGGGAGUGCAACUCAAUAUUAGGAAGGUGUUCCUAAUGUUUUGUCCACUGUGUAUAUAACAGGUCUAUAUGUAUGAUGUGGGUGUGAGAGGUAACGGGACAGAGAGAAAGUGUGAGUUUGUUAAACGGAAGAAUGAAUGAGUAUGUGUUGUAGCACUGAUGUGGUUGAUGAGCGAAGCAUUCUGUUUACAUCUCAGUAUGAUAAGGGAUAGAUACAAAACAGUUUGACAAACUAUCCUCCAUAUUGACACCAAACUACCCUCCAUAUUGACACCAAACUACCCUCCAUAUUGACACCAAACUACCCUCCAUAUUGACACUAAACUACCCUCCAUAUUGACACUAAACUACCCGCCAUAUUGACACCAAACUACCUGCCAUAUUGACACUAAACUACCCUCCAUAUUGACACCAAACUACCCUCCAUAUUGACACUAAACUACCCUCCAUAUUGACACCAAACUACCCUCCAUAUUGACACUAAACUACCCUCCAUAUUGACACCAAACUACCCUCCAUAUUGACACUAAACUACCCUCCAUAUUGACACCAAACUACCCUCCAUAUUGACACUAAGCUACCCUCCAUAUUGACACCAAACUACCCUCCAUAUUGACACUAAACUACCCUCCAUAUUGACACCAAACUACCCUCCAUAUUGACACUAAACUACCCUCCAUAUUGACACCAAACUACCCUCCCAAAUGACACUAAACUACCGGCCAUAUUGACACUAAACUACCCUCCAUAUUGACACCAAACUACCCUCCAUAUUGACACUAAACUAUCAUCCAUAUUGACACCAAACUAUCCUCCAUAUUGACACCAAACUACCCUCCAUAUUGACACCAAACUACCCUCCAUAUUGACACCAAACUACCCUCCAUAUUGACACCAAACUACCCUCCAUAUUGACACUAAACUAUCAUCCAUAUUGACACCAAACUAUCCUCCAUAUUGACACCAAACUACCCUCCAUAUUGACACCAAACUACCCUCCAUAUUGACACCAAACUACCCUCCAUAUUGACACCAAACUACCCUCCAUAUUGACACCAAACUACCCUCCAUAUUGACACCAAACUACCCUCCAUAUUGACACUAAACUACCCUCCAUAUUGACACCAAACUACCCUCCCAAAUGACACUAAACUACCGGCCAUAUUGACACUAAACUACCCUCCAUAUUGACACCAAACUACCCUCCAUAUUGACACUAAACUAUCAUCCAUAUUGACACCAAACUAUCCUCCAUAUUGACACCAAACUACCCUCCAUAUUGACACCAAACUACCCUCCAUAUUGACACCAAACUACCCUCCAUAUUGACACCAAACUACCCUCCAUAUUGACACUAAACUAUCAUCCAUAUUGACACCAAACUAUCCUCCAUAUUGACACCAAACUACCCUCCAUAUUGACACCAAACUACCCUCCAUAUUGACACCAAACUACCCUCCAUAUUGACACCAAACUACCCUCCAUAUUGACACCAAACUACCCUCCAUAUUGACACCAAACUGCCCUCCAUAUUGACACCAAACUACCCUCCAUAUUGACACCAAACUACCCUCCAUAUUGACACUAAACUACCCUCCAUAUUGACACUAAACUACCCUCCAUAUUGACACUAAACUACCCUCCAUAUUGACACCAAACUACCCUCCAUAUUGACACUAAACUACCCUCCAUAUUGACACCAAACUACCCUCCAUAUUGACACUAAACUACCCUCCAUAUUGACACCAAACUACCCUCCAUAUUGACACUAAACUACCCUCCAUAUUGACACCAAACUACCCUCCAUAUUGACACUAAACUACCCUCCAUAUUGACACCAAACUACCCUCCAUAUUGACACUAAACCACCCUCCAUAUUGACACUAAACUACCCUCCAUAUUGACACUAAACGAUCCUCCAUUUUACAUCUCAGAACUUUACAUUGGUGCCAAAAUGGCAGCCGUUGUAAUUCUACAUAGGAAACAUGGUUUGCUGAAUCCUUUUGAAUCUAUCCCAGUAUCAGAAUAUCACCAGCAAGCCAGCCUUACAGCACACUGCUUUUCAACCAUAGAAAUAUAAUUACUAGAAUGGUCAUCCACGUUCAAGUCUGUGGGUCUGUAAUGGGUGGUGCGGCGCCCAUUUUGAGUGUACCCAAGGGGAUGCAGUCCUAUUGCCAUUGUCUGAAGGGCCAUUCCAGUGAUUUAUAUUUCUUUGUUUUUAACCUGGUACCUACCUGUGCUAACUGGUCAUGUAUUUCAUGUAACCUAGUGGUCACUUCAACAGUUUCCUAUGGGGCUAACCCUAACUUCCACUUAGUCUGUCAUGAAUUAUCAACGCAUGACUAAGUGAAAAUCGGUUAGGAUUUUCUUUCUGUGUUUAACUGCUUUGUGUCAUAUUACUUACAACUUACAGUAUAACUGGAUAUUCCAUACAGGCUUUUUAAUCCAAAUAAAAAUGAUAAUGUUUUAAUACUAGUGGUUCUAUGACUCAUGUUAUGUAAGAUUUUCUGGCAGUUGGCGAAAGGCAGGAAGGAGAAUUCCAGUAGUCUACAAGUAAACAAUCAAUGACCAGUAGUCAAGAUGUCAUCGUUGCAACCUUUAUUCUCACUGUUUUAUGUAUUGUUGCAGAUACAAACCAUACCCCCCCCCACCAGACACACAAUACAUAACAUUUUCAUCAUCAAACCAGUUUGUUUUAACUAACAUAUACACCCUUCCCAGAAACACAAUACAUAUCUUCAUCAUGAAGAUGCUUUCUAAAUAUAGUAACAAUCAAAUUAUGAACGACUUACUAUCAUAUUUCACCUUUCUUAUAACUGUAAAACAAAUAUGAUCAUACUUAGUGACAGUACAUAAUUGGCCCCCAUUUCAUUUAACUGAUAUGACAGAGAAUUGUCUGCCCAGUGUCGUCUUGAGGCGCAGAGCCACCAUUCAAAUGUCUACUGACUCGUUACAACUUCAGCCUUUAAGCACGGGGUGAUUUCGCCCCUCUGUGACCAAGAUAAAAUGGUCUUGUUUCAAUUCUACGAAAUGAUUUAGUAUUGUUUCAUAUUGAGAGCUCUAAAUCCUGCAUGAGAAUAUUUGAGUGAGAUGAGCCUGUCUGCUGUAAUCGCUAGUCGCGUUUCAUCUGCCGUAAUGUAAGCAGAGCUGGAAAGGUCACAACCAGGGGAAUCCUUUGUCUGGAUUGGCCAGAAAAUGUGACGCGUCGCUCCCUAUGCAAAUGAGGUGUCAGAUUUCACAUACUGCGUUUCAACAUGCGAGCGGAGAACGGCAAGCGAAGCGGGACAACCAGAGUGCGCAGCAAUUGAUGUUGCUCCAUUCACAGAGCGCUCUGUACACGACAGAGUAUGUCAGCUGAGCGGAGCAUAAAGCCUUCUGGCCCUCUACAAUUUCGCUCCAGUAGCGCUCCCUUCAAGUAGUCUAAUUGUGUGCUGCUAAUAGCCCCUUGCUUUAGCUACUGUCAUGGAGUUCGCUAAAUAUUUUCAUCAAGAAACUGAUAAAACACACAGGCGCUAAAUCAAGGUGACUUACAAAGAUGAGGACCAAGAGAGGGAGUGUGGUGAUGUAGUGUCCACAACUAAAGAAUCAUUGUGAAAUCUGAAAAGACACGUAUCCCAACAGCAUGUGGUCCUCUGUUGCUCAAUUGGUAGAGCACGGCGCUUGUAACGUCAGGGUAGUGGGUUCGAUCCCAGGGACCACCCAUACGUAAAAAAUGUAUGCGCACAUGACUGUAAGUCGCUUUGGAUAAAAGCGUCUGCUAAAUGGCAUAUUAUUAUUAUGACGGUGUACUUACUACGACCACAUGCUAACAGAAAGGAAGGAGGGGGGUAGAUAACUAAGAAUCAGAUCUCUUACAUUUACAUUUACGUCAUUUAGCAGAUGCUCUUAUCCAGAGCGACUUACAGUUAGUGAGUGUAUACAUUUUUUUUUUUAGUUUUUUUUUUUCAUACUGGCCCCCCGUGGGAAUCGAACCCACAACCCUGGCGUUGCAAACACCAUGCUGAGCUACAUCCCUGCCGGCCAUUCCCUCCCCUACCCUGGACGACGCUGGGCCAAUUGUGCGCCAACUGAAGCCACAGACUGGCCAAACUCGUGUUUCUAAAAAUGAAUUCAAAGGCACUGAGCCUUAUUAGGCUUUUUUUUUUCCCGUUUAAUUUGUAUUUCAUUCUAAGUAAGUCACAGCCUAUAUGCGCAAUUUAUAGACUAUAAUGAUUUAAUACUUCAAAAUGGUGUUUAAAUGCUGAGCCCUUUAUGUCCCGACCAGCCUAGUGUGUCGCACUCGCAAAUGCUUCACAAUGUAUUUCUUUGUUGUCUAUAGCCUUGAAAUAAUUGAAAUAAUAUCGCCUAAAUUAUUCAUUUUCGUUCCUUCUUAGGCUCCCUGUCUGUCUCCUGACCCAUUUUAGAGUGUUUAUAUGCUGUUUUAAUAUGACAUGUAGCCUAUUUGAAAUGAUGUGCGCUUCUUACAGUCACCUUUUCAUGUUUAUUCAAAUAAUUUUCAUUCAAAUCAUAUGGUUUGGUUUCAAUACUUCAAAACCAAAUGGUAGAUCCAGGUGGUCACAAAAAUAGAUGGUUGUUGGUUAAAUUGUGAUUUUAAUGAAUGGGAGCGAAUUUGGAGCGCAGUUUUUUUUCUCUCCCUGUGUGCAAGGAGCGGUUUUUAGUGGAGGGGUUGGAAAGGAGGUGGAGCGCUGUGGCCAGCGGUGACCAGGAUUUCUGACCACUCAACUCUGGUACACAAACAUGUUGGUUGAACCCGUCCAGAACCGCUUAAAGUCCCCUUAAAAUAAAAACCCAACCAAAACCACUCAUUCCUAUAAUUCACAGUGUUAAAUAACACUAUGUGAUAACAAUUUUUUUUUUUUUGUGAACAAAUGUUUCAUUUUGUCAUUAUAAGUAAGGUUGGUGCAACGUGAAAAAUCGUUGUAGAAAUCUGUUGCUGCUCAAGUCGACUACAAAACCCACAAUGCAAUGCUCUCUCUAUGGGCUGGCUGGCUAGCAAACGUAGCUACACCCAAUAAUACCAAAGUCAAUAUCAGCAUGUGAAAUAGCUAGCUAGUUAGCUGAAAAAUCGUCUAAACAAACUGCACUAUCAAUUUAGGAGUCUACAAUCUCACCGUGUUCAACCUGCAGAUCGGCACCAUGCAACGCACCCUGGACUGAAGAGGCAGACAAACAGGAGGAAUGUGUUGGACCCUCUGUUAAAUUACACAUUUCUCGAGAUAGGAAUAUUGCUAAAAUAUGAUCAAUGGCUCAUUCGAGAGAAGACAACCUCCGGCGUUAUGACAUCGGCCAAUAUUUAAAUCUGACAUGUAUGAUAGACAUUUUCACGAUCUAAAAGUCAUAUUCCUAUUAACUUCCAGUGUCUGAGAGCGGCUUUAUCGCAGUGCUACGUCAAACCGGACAAAUUUCUGUCUGCUUGAACGCCAAUAACUCAGAUACACAUGAAAACAUUAAAUGACCCCGGGAAUUGAUAGAACAUCGCUCAGAGAUGCACAAAAACAAUAUAACAUUCAAAAUGGGUGAAUCUUUAAUUAAACGUUUAAGAGGGAAGGAUCACAUAAUUCCAUCCAGGUCAUCAGGAGGGAUCAGCCAAUGAAUUAUACUCAUGAGCGAACCAUCUCCAACCUUGGCUUUAUACCUGUUCCAAUAACACACUCUAGGGGGCAGUGUGCUCCGUUUCAGUUUGUUUACCAACUCAUAUAAGAAGUAGUAGAAGAAGAACAUUGACCAAUGGAGACGUCCUCAAUGACGCUGCCCAUGCUCUCACAGAUGCCAUAAUGGGACAGAUACAAUGACGCGAUGUCUAUCGAAGUCUAAUGGUUGACUUUACGGAAUCCUUUCUAGUCAAUGGAUGUCAAAGGAAGGAGCCAAAGAAAGGCCAUAUAUUUUUUUCAAGUUUCAAAAUGGCACCCCCUCCCCUCCCCGAAAACCAACCCCCACCACCUCCCCCAAACUAACCCCCACCCACCCCACCCCUCCCCCAUCACCCCACCACUCCCCCUAA